AUGUUUUCGAGGCAAAGUUCUCGGCCGUAUACGGUCGGAAGCUUUCGCAUGAAGCUGGCCUUGUUCGAAGAGUUUAUAGCGGAAUUCACAUAUGUCGACGAAGAGCUUAAUCCCGAAGAACGACAACAGAUUCUUCAAGCACGUUUAACAAAUGGCAAGUGUUAGGAGUUGAUUUGUGGCUGAUUUUUUUUUUCGCAGGGUACAACUUAAUCACCUAAACCUUGCGAGGUGACAGCGAAUGAGAGGAGUUGUUUUCAAAGCUACAUGUGUUUUCGAUUUCAGACAUCAAUAGCUUACAACCGUUCAUAUAGCAUUAAACUUGUAUUUGGCUGUUCUCUAGGUUAUGAGCCUUUUUGCGAGGCUAUCCGUAAUUUAUUUGGCAACGACGUAAGCACUCAGGAUCUUAAAGCCUUGUUUAGGAAGAUCGCACUGAAUCCUGAUGCUCAAGUUGACUGGAGUGAGGUAUGCCAUUAACAGCAACUAAUAAGCAACUAAUUCAGCUACUAUUGUCCCAAGCUUAUAAUAAUUAGAUUUACCAACGCUUAUAUUUUUAAUUAAGGCCAUAUUCAGUAGCGAGUCUGUUGUUCAAGUGCACAGUAAAAUCACCUAGCGACACGUACAAAAGAACAGGUGUGGAUGAUGUUCCUUUUUCUGCAGCAGAAAGCGACACGUACCAAUGGAUGAGUUUAAAAAUUGCAGCCCCCGGUCGUUUGUUGUAUUUUUUGAAAGUACUAUGGAAAGGGAAUGAUCCAUAGGGGUGUGGAUAUUAAAUGGAAUGGCCCAAAAGGCCGGUCGUUUGUUGUUUAGUAAAUGAAUGACCAGUGCCUUUAUUUGAUGAACCCUCUUUCUAAAACCAAUGCAUUGAUGUCUUAUACUGGGUUUACAACAAAUCAGAGUUCACCUGGCACUUAAAACCUGUCAUUUUAUGUAUUAGAAGGAAGCCUAUCCUUGAUUUUGUAUUAUACUUUUGUAUUGCUUUUCUUUGUCACUGUUGCAGUAUUUGCAUCACAGACAUAAAUCAAUCCUGGUCUGUCUGCCACUGAGAUCCUUAAUUUUCUGGACACCCAACGGACCCAAUAAAUUACCGGAAGUGUAUUAUGAAUGUCCUUUCAUCCUGAUUGGUAAAAAGACAAUGUCUUUAUUAACAGGCCAAUCAUGGUACACUCUCAAAUCCUGGUGCACAGGUGGGGGCCCAGAACAAGGAUUUCUAUGCUGUUUCGCAGGCAGAUUUAACCAGAGUUUUAACCCAUAUUCAUGCCUUUUCUCGCCAUUUCUGCUGCUUUUGCUUAUUUCCUCAACUAUCUCGCCAAUGACAUGGAGAAAAUCCAGAAGUGCACCCUCGCCAUUAUCUAUGACAAGUACUUUAUAUUUUUAUUUUCAUACCCUUGAAACUCAAUGGUGAAAAACAAAAAAAAAAAACAUUUGGGCUUGACUCAAAGUUGGCUCAUGUUUGGCUCGUGGCUAGUGGUUAGUUCGCGCUCGAGUUUGGCUCAUGAAAUGACUAAACUCUGUAUGCUUUUGCUCUAUCUUGUCUUAUUUUAAUUUCUUGGACAAUAAUAAAAAUAUUUAUUAUAUUUCUUUGCUUUCUUGGAUAAUUCCCUAGCUUUUUGGUAUUGGUGGUUCGACUGAUGAAGUUCCUGAUUUGUUACUGAAUGAGGACACAUCGUCAGUCAUAACAACAAGCAAAAGACGGUCUGUUGGGGAGGCAGGAGGUUGGUUAACACUUUUAUAUUUUGUCAUCUGGCCCCAGUUGUUCAAAGGGUGGGUAACACCAUCCACCGGAUAAAUCUCUAUCCACUGGAUAAUUAUGUAGCUCAAUAGUUGAAAAUUCCCUAAUGCUUACAUGUAUCCGCUGUAUGGUGAAGUAUCUGGUGAAUACUGGGCUAUCCAAUGUUUGAACAACUGUCAAGGCAUUGAGCAGUUUUGGUCAGUUUAGACACAAUUUUGCUCAUUUAUCUCAGGCACUUGUAGGUUGUUUGUACCUAAGCCACUUCAGCUCCCUAAAGGCAGUCCACCAGUUUAGUUAAACCUCUGAAGAUUGGUCAUGAAGGCUUUACAUCUUUUGGGGGAUAAGACAUGAUAUACAUAGUUAUAUGUAGGUUUCAGAGUGAUAAGGGUCCUUUUUUAAGGAUUUAUACUGUCUUGUUUAAGUGACUGAAUGAAUCUUAAAAGGUGUAACAUUAAAGGAGAAUAUUUAGAAAGAGGCUCCACGUCUGAAUAAAAAAUAGGUGUUUGCUACCAAAUGUUAGCCAGAGUAUUCUGCUUAGUAAACAGAGAAUUCUCUGAUCUCUGAUGUCUAAUGAACGCCCUUUAUACUGGUAUGUAAUGUAUAUAAUUGAAGUCUUCAUAUUUGCAAGCACAUUGACAUGUCUCUGAUUCUCUUCAGGUGACAAGAAGAGACGAGAUGUUGUCCAGUGCAUUGUUCAUGUUCCCAAGUAUGAUUUCUACAUCAUUGCCUCACAGAAGGGCAUCAUAUGUCAGUGGAGUAGUAAGGUAUAUUUUAGCAUCUCUCUUUUGUUUCUUUGUGUUAGUUAUGAUACUUUUCCAGUCACCUGUGAGUCAUGAUUACAUCAGGAGUAUAUUAUUUAAAUUUCAAGUUUCCAGGUACAUGCAAUAAUUUUAUUAGGCAGCAAAUUGAUCACCUAUGAAAAUUUUGGUCCAGUUUUCCUUAUGUUUCCUGUUUAGGUAGCCAGGGGUUAUUCUCUUUUCAAAUUUGUUAAAGCAUAGCCCAAAAGAAAAAUCCUCAUGCUGCUGACAGUUUUGAUGAAUGACAGCUACCUUUAUCAAAACUAAAAACGUCACAGGUGUCAGUAGCCCUGAAUAGGCUUCUGGAGGUGUUAAUUGCGACAAACACGCAAAGAAGCCUAUUUAGGGCUACUGACACCUGUGACAUUUUUAGUUUUGAUAAUGAUGGCUAUCAGUCAUCGAAACUGUCAGCAUUAUUAAAAAUUUUUUUCUGGCUAUGCUUUUAUUAAGAACAUUUGAAUAGAUAUUUGAACUUUUUAAAUACUGGCCUUAUGAAUUUCUUCAAGGGGUUAUACUCAUACUAGUCAGGGGAACUCCCCAGCUCCCGGCAAUCAAUCCUGUCACAUACAGCUGUACAUGUACAAGUCAUUUGGUUUUGAAUUCCCAGCCACAAGAAAAGUUUCACCUGUGUUACUUCUUAUUAAUCCAAGAAGUGUUUUUAUGUACCAGUCUUAAAUAAUAAACAAAAGAAUUAUGAUUAUAGUCAGUCCACAUCUAAAUAGCUCUUCAUCCACCAUGUUCUGAAUCAAACUGGAAUAUAGCACUGAUGCUUUUUUGCAGAGGCUGGGUAACUGGAGUUUCUAAGGUGCGAAAAAUGGCUCAAAGACAAAUAGCAAAAACUAACAAUAAACUCAACUCACAUACGGCCUUGCCUCUGGGAUUCUAACCCACCUACGUCAAUGGGAAGAGAUCCUAGGCCUUCUUAAUUAUUUAUUGACAGUCUGUUUUCCACUAAUUAUUAUUUUCAAUGCCUUUCACUGAAGUUAGUGUUUUUCCUUGUUUUCUCUCACAGUUUCGUCUUCAGUCCUGUGUUGACUUGAAUGUAAGUAAAUCGUGACACAAAUUUAAGCUGCACCAACAAAUCAUUAUGUAAUUGUGUUUGCAACUAUGUUUUCACCCAUCUCAGUGUGCUGCCACAUGUAUGGUCCUCAAUUUGUUCCUUUUGUGAGGACUGGUCACAGUGUUUCUUUGUUAACUGAAUUUCUUCUGCUUCUGGUUUCUGUAUUAACAGGGCUUUAUGGGAGAGAGUUAUCAGCCCUCAGCCCAACCCCCAACCUGGAGGACCAGGGGAGCACACUAAUAGUCUGGUCUCUACCCUUCAACUUUUCUGGCAUGAGUGCUCCUACUACAAGUAGGAAACUCCAGCCAACUGUGGGUUGGAGAGGGUUUCUUAAGUCUUGUACAUAACCUCUCAGAAGGCAGUUGUUGCUGGAUGAAUGAGAGGCCCUGUGUAAGCUGCAUAAGAUACAAAGCUGGUAUCCAGCUAGCGGUGUUAUUGAAACCUAUGUGAUAAUUACUUUUAGAUAAGAUAAGAUUUGAUGUGAUAAGGUGACAGUGAUUCAGUUAAGUAGCAGCAAGAGCAUGUAGUUUAAGUUUUCCAAAUGUGUAGUAUGUUUGGUUUUUGGCUCAGCUGCCAGGGCCAUUAUGAGAGUCAAACUCUACUAUUCUUUGUGACCUUUAUUGUCAACAUUAAUUUUUUUCCCUUUUAGGAGUCUUCGUGGGUAACAGGGUGUGGCUUUCUACCAAGUCUUAGGAGAAUAGCGGUAUGUACCAUAUCUGGCUGCUUAUAGAAAUCUUAGUUGGAAUGAUUGUCAAAUUAUUUACAACCUAUUUUUUGUUUAGAUGGGAUUGACAUUGUUUAUACAUGUAAAAAUCAUUAAAUUAAUUUAUUUCAGACAAAGACAUUAUUCAUUUAUUUCUCAGGUGACUUCUGAAAGGGCCCUGUCUUUAUGGGACUACAGAGCAAAGAGAAAGCAGUUGGUUAGUUGAAAUCAGAUUUUAACUCACUUCUAGAAUAUGUAUACACACAUGGAAAUGUCCAAAAUAAUACAGGAAUUAAGUAUGGCCCAUGGACUCUGACAACUGUUUAAAAUAUUUUGAACACCCCAGAAAUUUUUUGAUCAGUCAUCAAGGCUGUGCUUUAAGAAAAUAUAAGGAGCCCAGUUCUCUGAACUUCUGAAAUCUAGGGUUCCUAGCCUGGAAUUUUACAUAAGACUCUUAAAAACAAUGAACUGGUUUUGAGAAAAAAACCCGACGGUUUUUGCCCAAGAACAAAAAUAAGGUACUAGUGCUCUGAGCUGAAAUCUGGGAAAUGCCUGGGAUUUUAGCAAAGCACUAUUGAUCAAGAUAAAUGUAUAACUGGGUCAUAAAGUAAAACGUUUUUUAUGUCUUUUCUUUAGAUCUCCAAGCUAAUCACAUGAAUAUUGCAUUUGCUUGUUUUGUUUCAGACCAUUUACCAGAUAAAACCAAUGGAAAAUUCUCCGCAGUGUAUGAUCUACAUUCCAUGGAAGACUGAUUCCAUGAAUGAAGACACAAUACUCUUUGGAGAUGACCAAGGUAUGUGUUCAGUGUGAGAAGAAAGUAGUGUUUGAUAUCCCGGGGAUGGAAGAUUUUGCCAUUGCGUUAGUGAAUUCUCUUCUUAACUUGCCCGACAGGCAAGUGAAGUUUUUGGGGGAAUGGAAUCAAAGGUUAUUUAUAAUCUGUUAAAUAUAACCAUCACUCAACCAAGACUACUGUUCAGGCUAUGACAAAAUAAUGCCAGCUGUCUGGAAUAUGAGAUAGCGGGUAAUCUACACUAUUUUUUAUGAUAACACCCAUUUGUCAAUUUUAGCGCGAACCGUUCUUAUUUUCUGGCUAGUUUCAGCCUGGAAGUGUUGUUACGGAUGUUCUUAAAUUUCAAUAACGGAAAUCUGAUAACUUUUAAGCUACAUGUAGACAAGACAAGACAAUGAUUAUAGUUUUCACACUAAUGAAUUGUACAAGUACGAUGUAAAUGUAUUGUUGACCCUACACAUUAGGAAUGUGUUGAAAGAACAAAAUUUUACAUGCACUCUGAUUCCAUGUAGGACAUAAUCUGAUUAUUCAGAUUUUCUUGAGUUAGGAAAGUAAAAGCAGUGAAAAAAGAAUUGUUCUUCUCUGAGCCUCGAGUAUGUUCUAGCAUGGUGUUGAUAUUUUGGCAAAUUUCAAAAAAGGUUCUUAUAAAAAGAAAAGAGUGUACUGAAAUCACUUUCUCACUCUGUGGUUUAGCUUGGUGAAUUCCACUGUUAUGUGCACUUUCUGCUUACAGUACAGUUGUUGAGAGCCUACGUUAUUAUUUUUUUUGUGCAGGUUAUGUUAACAUGAUGACAAUUUCUUCAAAAGAUCUUCACAUGAAGAACUCAACUAGCAAGGCGGAUUCUCAGAUAGUUACUAUUGAACCAAGCAAGUUGAGCUAGUAAGCGAGGGGAUUGUUCAAACGUACAACUCAUAUACCGUACAAUUAUAUUUAAACGGUUUCACAUGUGGACGUAUCAGGAAACAUUCCAUGUCGAGGUUUUGCUUCCAGAAACAAGCAAACAAAUCAAAUACACGUAAUGAACAAAAACCCGUGAGAUAUGACAAGUUUGCUAAUACAUAUUUUGACUUCAUUUAGUAAAGAAAUAAGAUCACUUUCCAGUAGAUAACCAUUAGAAAAAACAAUUGGGCUAUCCACUAGAUAGAGAUUUAUUCAGUAGAUAGCGUUUUUCACCUUUUUAACAGCAGGGCCAGGUUUCAGACUUAAUUGAUAGUUACCAGUUUGGUAGUUAUACAUGGCUCUGUUGAAAACUAUAUUUUAAAGAAGCUAUUAAAAGUGAAUAAGGAUGUUGUAAAACAAACUUAUUCCUUUUGCGACGUGGCUUUUUGUGUUCGUGGCUAUUAAAGCUGAGUCAUCCUCUCUUUCAAGCUUUCAAAAUGAGUACAUAUUGAGUUAGCUGCUAUAACGUCUUGAGAUUAUCCCAAAGAACAGUUGUCAUUACUGGUAUGUUUGGCUUCUUUCCCAGCUUAGGAUAAUUGUUAGGUCUUAAUGAAAAUUGUGUCUUUUAUUUAAUUUCUUCUAGUGCAAUACAGAGAAGGAAAUUUCAUGAUGACUGGGUCGUCAAGGUAAACAAGCAUAAAUUAUCAUUAUAUACAAAUUCGUUUUUGGCCGAUAUCAUAGUAUGCAAUACCAUAAACUGCUGCUUGCAAGCCCCCCACCCCCACCUCCCACACCAGUUAUAGGCCCAUCUACACUGUACCUGUAAGCAAAAAAACACAUCUGAUUAUAAGCCCACUCAGAUAUAAGCUCCUUUCUUAAUGCAUUGAAAUAAACUUGAUUUAUUUUGACGUUUUGAAGCUUAAAUAAAAUCCAGUAAAAUAAAAUGCAAAACGUAUUUUUAUCAGCAAUUCUAUUUCUUGUUUCGAAGCGCUUUUUUGUUCUGGUUUUAAGCCCCCCCCCCCUCAAUCCGUCUCCCCUGGAUAUAAGCCUUUCCGUUUAUAAGCCCACCUAAACCACUUAGAAGAUGUACAAACCCCAAGCUAAUAAACGGCAUUUUACGGUAUUUGAAUAUGGAUGGAUCACUGUGCUAUGAGAAAGUAAUGUUGAACGUUUUCUGCUGUGUUUGUAGCUUAAGUAUUUUCCUCAGCUGGAGAUGUUUGGUUCCUGUUCGCCAAGCAGCACUUGUUCUUUUGUCUUGGGGAGUAUUGAAAGAGUUUUGGAUAACAGGUUAUUUAAUAAACUUACAAAUUUCCUUCACAUUCUCUUAUUUUUCUACAGUAUUAUAAACAACAUAUCCUCCAUUUCUGUAAACAGGUUUUGCUAUUCUCACCUCCCCCCAACUGUGGGUUUACUUGGCUGUAACUUAUAAGCCGGGAAAAGAAAUAGUUUUUGAAUUGUUUUUGCAUCUCUUUUUUCGUUUUCUUUUUAGCCCUGCCCGAGAGCUUGGUGUUCCCAAGGGCGUCAACUGCUUUGAUUACUGCACCAAAGCGAAUGUUAUCAUCACCGCUGGUAUGUCCCAUUUAUGAAGCUCCGAGCACUGACGCCCCGUCCACACGUAUAAGGAUAUUUUGGAAUCCGCAAAUUUUUCUUUUCUCGGACCGUGUUGAAUAUUCACGGUAAAGAACUGGGCUCGAUCUUGUGACGUCAGUGGAUAAAAAAAAGUAUCCGGAUUUAGCGUUCACACGUUUUCGGAUACAUAGCGGAUUCAGUAAUUUCCACUCUGCAGAGCGGAUUUAAAGAGUUGCAGAUUCGACUUCCAGUUACACCGGAUACGUGUGGACGGUAGCCGUAUCCGUAAAAAGAAAAAGUUGCGGAUUCAAAAGUACCCAGAUACGUGUGUGUGGGGCCUGAGUCUCUUAUUUUUCUUGUGAAUCACAGUAAAUACGACAGCGCGCGUGAGGGGCGGGCGGGGAAUCCGCGAAGAACGAGGGCGGAAAGGCCCGAGCAAGAAUUUCCUCUCUGCUACAAUUUCUCCUCCUUUUUACCAUUGCAUGAUUUUAGUAUUUCGCUCGCCUCGCGUGGCUCAGAGGAAAUAAGAACGACCGCUCGCGGUCUAUAGUAGUUUAACAGUGGAAUGUAUAAUCAUUAGGUGGUUUGUACGUUCCCCGGUUGAGGCAAAGAACGGCUCAUUUGAUCAGCAUCAAUAAUAUUAGUUUUAAAAAUAUAGCCUGCGAAGGUGGCAAGAUCCGAGUGCGGGAGUGCUUUUUGACAUCGGAGCUAAUAAAGAAAUAGCCUCGGGCGAUUAAAACCCAUCAGUAACGCAGAUUGCAAAAAAUGAAGAUCCUUUUUUACACCCAGCCACGUGAUUGGUCAAGGUAAUGUAAAUUAAGGGUCCCCCCCAUGAGAGACAGACCACCACAUUGGGGACUACGUCCCCUACUCUUUAAGAACAGUGUGUGUGUGUUCUUUAAUGUCCCACAGAAUCUAUUUGUGCAGGAGGUAUGAGACGGGGCCUACGGUUUAUCGUCCUCUUCCAAGGAGGCUUGAAAGUCUUACCGUUUGCAGAUGUCUUUACAAAGGCAGCAUUUUCUCCUCAGUUAUUUUAAGACCCUGAGUGUUGGUCCAGCCGGGGUUUGAACUUUGCGGACGAUUGUACAGUUAAUUUUCAGUACAUUAUCGUAUCAAUCUUUUACCAGGUGCAGACAAGGUCAUCAGAGUUUGGCAUCCUCUUAUUUUCACAAGACCAACAGGUGCUGUAAACUGACUCUUACGAUGUGUUUUUCGUCUUAUGAUAUACAAUUUACACCAGUCUUAGAGGACUAUUGCUAAGCUAGUUAUCAAGGAGAAAUAAACUAGCAACAUCCUCCCCAGUAUUUUGGCUCUUGAUUUGGCAGUUUUCUCUGCUCACGUAGUAGUUACAUGCCUUACAUAUGACAUGAGCUAGUGGGCCCAGCCAUUCAACUGCUGGCAAGGCAGUGUAACUAGUAGUCGAACCUCGAUAAUACAGACACUAAAAGGACAUACCCAGCUGUUCGCAUUAAAGUGGUCUGCUAUCAUUGCCUCCCUUGUCUUCCCUACCUCCGUCUCUAUAUAUCUUUCGUGGGAAAGUAUAAAAACGCCAGAUCUUAGGUUAGCAUUACAGGGGUGUGCGUAUUAAAGAGAGAGAAUUUUGCCCUGAGUGAGAAGUAAGUGUUAAUAUUGGCUUAGGGGAGGGGUAGGUGAGCAAUUUCCCAGAGACGUAUAAUAAUGAUCCAAGUUUAGUGUAUUCGGGACUAAGGCCUUUGCCAAACGUCGAACUUUUCAUGAAACGAACCAAACUUAGUGAGUUAAGUUCAUGAAAAGUUCGACGUCUGGCUCAGUUAAGUUCGUCUGAAUGAGUUUGGAUCAUCCGACACGUUUUAUCCGUCUUCUUCAGGCGGAGAGAACGUCUGAAGAUCGUCUCUGGGACAAACGCGACGGACUAUAAAACUAAUAAAUUAAAAAUUUGUAUGAUAAUGUAUAUUAUUUUAGCCUCUUUCGGGAGAAAAUGUAUCCUGGCGGGCUAAAAUUGCUUUUUGGACUGAUUCAGUUGAUUGGUUAGACGCGACCUAAGUUCAACGUCUGACCCAACAGACGAUCUUAACUUAAUUUAGGUCGACCCAAAUUAGAGUUUGGUUCAUCUAUGAAAAGUUCGACGUUUGGCCUAGGCCUAAGAGACCUGUUCGGGAUACGUAGAUUUCCUUAUUUUAGACUGAGGUAGAAUAGGUAUGAAGUUUGUUAUCUUCGGGACCAUGAGAUCUGUCCGCACUACCCGUUGCCAGUAUUAUAAAGAUGUCCAUAAGGAGAGGUGCGACUGCAUAUGUUUCUCACAUUUUUAUGCGAAUAUAUCAAAUUCAGCAAUUGGGCAUUGGGCAUUUGGGCAUACGGAACUCCUCUGCAAUGAUUUGUUUGAGUAACCACCAAACAAUAGCUUCCCGGUGUGUAAUAGCCCAUUUUACAGUUACCAGUGAAAACGAGGCUGGAGUUGACCUUGUUUUGAUACAACCCCUCCUGCUGUAUUAUGUAAAUAAUGUUGUUCUUAUGCUAACUAGUAUUUUUUAAGAAUAAUUUCCAUAUGAAAAGGAAAAGGUGUGGAGGUUUGUAUCAAAACAAGGUCAACCUCAGCCUCACAUCCAGUCAAAGGCCAGAAUACUAAGCCCACAAACUGUAAAAUGGUCUAUUGCCUAUUGCCCAAACUUCGACUUGUAUUGGGUGACUAAACUAAAGACUGUUCGUCAUUCCCACAUGCAGGAAAGCUCCUUGGUCAUCUUUUCACAAUCGUCGACGUUGCAGUCAAUGAAAAAGAUCAACAGCUCAUGAGUUUAUCAACAGCGAGGGUAAGAGAUGCAGUUUGCUUUAGUUAUUUUCUUUUGCCUCAAAAUAACGAUAAUUCAAACUUGACCAGUUGCGAAGUUUUAAUUUGGAUUUAAAGUGCAAUGCUUCACAACAUCUCUGUUUUGCUAUUCACCCAAUUUUGACUUGUUUUUUCUUCUCUUUCUUACUGUUAGGUCUUUAGAGUUUGGGACAUCCAGACCCUGACGUGCUUACAGGUGGGUAUGAAAUCGAUAGCCGAGUUUGUAAAAUAGAUGUUUGCAAACGUGAUCCCGAAGCAGAGAAAGAACGUUGUCAUUUUAUUAUAUAUAUGUAGGAGGCUACUUCAUGUCGUGGGCAAUUUGUACAUCUUGUGAAACAAACAGACUGAUAAUAAAAGCGAUUUUACUUUACUUUAAUGAAUCACUUGCCAGUGUUUUUCUCAAAUCAAUUCGCAGACAAAUGAAUGGUCAGGGUUGAUGUCGCUUCAAGAGUUGGGGGCUGCCUAUGGCCUUCAGAUAUUAAAUGUAUUUCCUAAAUCAACAUCUAGUUUUACCAAAUGCGAUUUUUUACAGGUGUUCACUGAUAAUGAAGUCAGACCAGGAGAAAAACGGAUCUCUUGUAUGCUCUUUGAUGGCAAGCACGAUCGGCUUAUAACAGGUAUAAAUAUUAUCUUAUGGGGGAGGGACUGUAUACAUGGAGAUGGGGGGCCCCAUGUAGGUGAGGUAGCCCGCUUAAGUGGAGUAUAACCCGCCUGUCCAUAUAAUCUCUCAUAUGGUCACCCUACCUAUCAUGUAAACGUGAUCAAAUUAAAACGAGAGAUUAUAUGGACAGGCGGGUUACCUCACCUAUGCGGUUUGCCUAACCUACCUUGGGUCUCCCACCUCGAUGUAAACAGGCCCUUAUUUAUAAGCCCAGUGCUACUCUUCCCCUUUCGCUCCGGGCAAUAAUACUUAUAACCGCUGUCAAACGCUGGAAAACGACUAUGGGGACGGCGACGACAUCGUCAUACCACCAGUAGUUUUAGGCUACGCCCACACGAAUCCAGAUAUUUUUGAAACUGCAUACCUUUUUUUUACACGAAUAGGCCUUCCGUCCACACGAAACCAGUGAAUCCAGACACCGAAACCGAAUUGUUUUUUCCCUCUCUCCGGAGCUUUAAGGGCCUGGUUACAUGGAGGUGGGGGACUCCAGGUCGGUGAGGUAACCGGCCUGUCCAUAUAAUUUCAUUUUAAUUUUAUCACGUUUACAUUGUAGGUGGGGUGACCUGCCACAUGUUACCUCACUUAUGUGGGGUCUCCCACCUCCGUGUAAACAGGCCCAAAGGCCCUGUCCACGCGACUCCGUAUAAAAAAAUAUGCUGUUUCACAAAUGUCUGGAUUCGUUUGAACGUGGCCUAGAUUAGCAAAACAACAACUUCGCACGUGCUUCACCCUUUUUUGUGCAUUUCGUUACCAUUGCUGCGUGACUACAACAUGAAACUUCGUAAUUUCACGUUUUGUGAAGGACGUGAACACGAGAAAACGAUUGAAUUUUUCUUUUUCUGAGUUACGAUACGGUCCUGUAGAAUUCAUCGCUAGAAAAAUUUGCCAAAAUUUGACAAACUGAACCAGACGAAUUCCAAAUGAGUGAGAGGAAGUUUGAAUUAACGCGAAUUCACUUUUUGUGUGAUGUUUUCGCUGCCGUCGCCGUCAUAGAUGCUAAACAGGGCGGAUAUCCGCCUUGAUGCUAAAGCUCCGUGUUACAAGGCCCCAAACCCACUGAUGGGUGUUUUCAGAAUGCUCCGUUUCAUGUCAGCGAAAACGAAGCAUAAACAUUUCCAUCCGGCACACUGGCGUUUUCGUAUCCUUUUCAGCUGACGAUGUAAACAACUGGUUUCAACGUUGUCCCUUCGCUUUUUCUCCGUCUUUGUUUUCAAAAGUCUCUGUUUUCACCUCUCUGCAAACGGAGCGUUUUCAAAACGAUUCGUUUUCCAAAGACUGCACUUUUGAAACCACUUGCCAAAGUCUUUGCUUUUCAUCAGCGUUUUCGGGCAUUUUAUGUGGACGAUAAGUGAUAAGCGAAAAAGCAUUCACAUGAUGUGGUCGGGGCCUUUAAUGACCUGUUUACAUAGAGGUAGGGGACCUUAGGUAGGUGAGGUAACGUGACCCGCCUGUCCAUAUUAUCUCUGAUUUUAAUUUGAUCACGUUUACAUGAUAGGUGGGGUGACCCGCCGCGGGUUACCUCACCUACAAACUGGGGUUCCCCACCUCUAUGUAAUAGGUCCUAAGUAGACAGCCAUAAGUAUGAGUUGUUGUGGCUGUUUCAAUUUCGUAUUUAGGUUGCAGUGUGAUUGACACUUGGCCGCUGACCAGAGCCAUACAGGACUCACUUCAGGUGCCUCACACGCACGACAGACCCAUAUGUCAGGUACGAUUUUAGACAAUUAGUUCAACCAAAAGUAGGCUUUCUUCGGUCAAAUCCAUGUACAAAGUCUACGCUACUUUUAUUCAGAACUUCAGAUUUUAAAUAGGGUUGGACUUUAUUGGCUUUUUUGAAGAAAAAAAAAAAGGAAACGAGAAAUACGACCGGGCCAAGAACUUUUAUUUUGAUAUGUGUAUUUUUUAUCUGUGGACAUGUGUUUUUCAGUUGCUGUACAAUCCACAUAUGAAUCAAGUUAUAAGUGGAUGUAUUGAAGGCAUACUAAAGGUACCUUAAAAUAACCGUACACGCAUAAAUCAUAUUAAUAUUCAUUCAAAAUAUUUCGCCGUUUCUGAUUUGCUCAAAGUUUCCGGCUAAUUCUCCAUAACUAGCUGACGUGGACCAAAUUUGGAAGAAACGAGCAAGCCGCCUGGUUUCCAGGCAAAUACACCAUAGAUCAACCUCAUCUCCAGUUGCCGCAGCCUAGCUUUUUAUUCCCGAGUGGGCUAAACAAAAUCUACUUUUUGAGGAGUAUCUGCAAGAAAAAAACAUCUGUUUAUGUCCUGAAAACGUCCCGAGGAGUAGACCAAAGUUUUGAAAAAGUCUACGAGGAGAUAAGCCUGUUGAGAACUUAGAAAUAUUUUGAAUGGAUAAUAUUAAAUUAAAAUGGCAUAACAGCUAUCAAAAUACCCAUAAGACUAUGAUAAACAAAUCCACACCACCAAAUACAACAAAAAGUAAUGUCCGGUGCAAAAUUGUUGGUGACAAAGUCGCCGAAGUGCUGAAUGUAGUAGUUCGUAUAGUUAUUUUGUUGUUGGAUCUGACAGAGCAAUGGAAAGUAGCCUAAACGUGGGGCGGCUACUUACGAGAUUCCCAGAGAUACGGGGUUCCCGAUUUUACCACGGUUCCCAAGCUCAAGCUUAGAAAAGAAGCUGUUGCAUGCAGCGAUUCUAUAAUAGGCAGGGGGCAAAGAAAGUCAGUUUUACAGCCUGCCAUUCGGGCAAGCUGUAGCUAGCAUGAACUAGCCCCAAAACCCUUUUUGAUUAGUAGGAUUGAUUACAAUCCUUCUGUAAUUUGAAUUUCCCCAAAAAACAGCACUUACCCGUGGGGCAAGUUAAGAACAAAAAUCACUAGCCCGAUAGCAAAAUCCACUAGCCUCGGGCUAUCAGGUACUACUUUCUUUGCACGUUGAUAGGUCAACUGUCACUCAUUCCCAGACGCAAGUAUCCUCACCACCUCUCUCCCCCAUUUAAUUUACCUUAAUCGGAGAGGCCUGCAGUUGUCAUAAAAAAGCUCGCAUUUGACUGUGUUUGCAAGGAUAUGUACUCGAUAUGUCAGGGGCAGAUAACAUUUCCGCUAGAUCUUUAUUAGAAACUUCGUUGGUGUACGAAAAGUGCAAUUUCCCAUGGUUUUCCUGCUUUAUCAAAUUUUGAUGAGAAGAUAGAUGCGUUUUUUAUCUGACUGCAUGUUUUUUCAGACUUAAAACUGCGAACACAACCAUGUUAAAACGUUCUUAAAAUAUUAUUAAGCCAAGCCUUACAAGUCCUUCUUUUUCUAACUCUGUUUCUUAUUGUGUAAUCUGCGAAAGGUAUAGCCCAUCACUAUGUACAUAAAAAAAAUAUACACCCAUUUGGUAUAUUUUAUGGAACGCACUUUCUUGACACAGGAAUAACAAUUCGGUCUUACAGUCGACGACUGUUAUGUAAGACAGAAUUGUAGCCAAUAUGUAACCUGAUAAGCUGAGCGGGUUAGUGAUUGUUCUGCGGUGGAGCCUCCUCGCAAAGCUAGCGGCGACAAAAAGAACACAAGCAGGCAGGCGCGCGAGAUAAAUCCAGCCAGCUUUGCAGUGUAUCAUAGUACUAUUUACAUGUAUAUAUAACCUUUAUGGGUGCCGAAUGAAUAAUGUAUUCAAUCGUCACUCCUUUAAUAUUGAAGCUUUAAACGGAACGGACCUUUUUUGGCUUUUCGUCUACUAAGAGUACCUCAAGUAAAACAAUCUCAGAUGACAAUUCCUAAAAUACUUACAGUACUAGUGAGAAUCAUCCCGGACUUCAUGAUAAAAAGUACGAAAGGAAAGCACUGCCCAGUAGUUCACAUUUGAACGGUCACACCGUUGGGAUUCAUCCCAGACAUUUAGGCUAUGUCAGAAUCAUAUAACCGCUUCUGGGCUAUAUUUAAUGUUUACACCCGACGGGAUUGCUUUUGCGCAGGCACGAAAACCAUACCGGUUAGGGCUUCUGUUCACCAAUAGGAACAGUGAUUUUGGCGCGAUUUCUGUAACAGAGCGAAGCUGCGCCGCAGUGAUCUCUUAAGCGGAGAGUGACAAUGACAUGUCGGAUAGUGUUCACACUCAACCGGAUAGCUUUUUGUGCCGGCAUGAAAAGGUAUCCGGUUGAGUGUGAACAUAGCCAAAGGCCUGGCAGUCAAAGGAUGGAAGGCCAUAAUGUUAACUGAUUUAUAUCGAUAAACUUGGUGAGCAGAGUAGUUGCCUUAUCAUGUCCUUCACUGCUUGCCUUACUUCUCUGAUCUUCCAGCAAUAGAGUAAUGGGUUUAUAGUCGAGUUUACGUAAAGCAGAGUUAAAGCAAAAUCCUUAGUGAUGAAACCUUCGGGAGACAGCCCUCUCUUCGUCAACAACGCCCUUGCUAUAUUAUAAGGCAGAUAGCAGGUAAUUAAGGUCAAUUGUAGCCACAACGCACUGUUUACUGCCCUUUUAUACCGUGAAACGUUACGUGGAAUCGCCCGGCCUUGAUGGUCUUGGACUUGAAUUUGUUGGUGAUUCACAGUCAAGUAGAUUUUUGAGUACGAGAAAAUAGAGGUGACUAGACACAAUGGUACAAAUAUAUAGGUACACCAUUCAGCUAUAGAAGGAUUCCAAACGUGUAUCGUUGUAACAAAAGUAGACACAAACCAAAGUACACCUACAACUAUAAAACUUCGCCUCAAAGUUACAAUCUGUCUGUAUCUGAGCCCCGGAAUAAGAGCAAGGAGUCUGUCCAGGCUUAUUGCAGUCAGCGUAAAUAAAGACGCUAAACACAACAUAUAGCUUGCGACAGUGUCUACAGUUAGUACAAAGCGACAUAUACCCCAUCGUUCAUACACUAAAGACAUCCAAAAGGUCACUGCAAGAGGCUCCACAAUGAGGCCAACGCAGAGAUCAGUUGUAGCGAGUGAACGAAGAAGGUAUUUGGACGGCGGAUAAAGGGAAUUCUCUUUGCGAAGAGCAACAAGAAUCAGAGAAUUUCCUACGAAUGCUGUAAUGGAAAAAAGAACGUUAAUCCCUGAAAGAACUAUCAGUUGGUUGCGUAUCCCUCCGACUAAUUCUGCCAAGCAGUAGUUAUACAGUUCUUGAAGUUUUUUCAAGCUCUCUUCACUAAAAUUUGUUUGUGCCAUGAUUUUUUACCGUGUGAUUGCUUGUUUUUAAGGGCCGGCGCUGUACGUGUCGCGUCACGUAACUGAAUGUAUUGGCCAGCUACGGGCGUUUUGAAUUAGAUGUCUUCAAAUUGAAGUUAACUUCUUCUGCUGAUAACUUUUUUGUGAUCAAAAUGAGUGAUUGAGAGGCGUUAAAAAUGAACUUACUCCGGAAGACAAAUUUUGCAUGGCCAAAUCCUUGUAAACAAACGUCAAAAUUCAGUGAUUUUUAUACAAUCGUCAAGUAUUAAUUUUUUGGUAAUAAACCAAACAACCACCCCUUCGUGCUUUUACUAUCGAUUAAAAAAUCAACGUAAAGGAAAUUGCUUUUUUUUUAUCUCAUCAGCAGCCUGCUUGUCUUCAAAAUCUAUGACUGAAUAAAAUGACUGAGAAUGAAAAAUAUUCGACUGCUCAGUAAAUAAUUUCCCAAAUCAUGAAAUGAAUAGAAAGCUUCGACUGAUAACCUGAAUCCCCACUAUUUCGAGAUUUUCACUCCCUUGUUAUUAUCAGUUCCUAAAUUACUUAAAAUACACCAAAGUAAAGUUUUAUUGCUUUGUUAUUAGACUUAUUAGAUUGUGACUGCGCCAUCUGGCCAUUUCAAAGGCUAGGCUAACAUGUGUCAUUGUGGUCUCAGUUUCGAUUGUUUCCUUCAAAAUUCAAUUUUAUAAAUUGUAGAAAGUUGUAUCGUGAUUCUUUCUUUGUGGCAUUUAAAGUAUGGUUGACGUUUGUGAUCUUAUGCCACAAAAAUCUAACUGCUGUUCAUUGUAAGUGUCAUUUAUUCCUUAAGUUUUAGUCCGUAAAAAGGCAGAAGUCAAGUAAUUAUGAGGCAAAAUGUAUUCAAGUCCCCAAAUUAAAUUGCUGCUAAAUACAUAUUUUUCAAAGUCUUCGAACAAAUGUGUCACCAAAAUUUCUUUUACAUGCAAGGUAAACAGGAAAUUUACACUGGUAGUAUAUCAUAAUAUAGAGAGUCAGACUGAAAAAACAUAAACCGUUAAGAAAUAAACAUCUCACUGAUUUGGCAAAUUAAAACUGUUCAUUAAUACUAGAAUACACAAACUUUCCUCUCGUUAUUUUUUUAAGAAACUUUAGAAUCACAUUUCCAAGUACGUUUUUGACACAUUUGUUCCUUAUAAGGUCCCGAUAAUGUGUCAACGCAUAAUUGACAUGAUGUUGCGCUUUCAGAUAUAUUUAGAAUGUACUAUUCUCUCUAAUGGCAGAAGAAUCUCUUGCUGUUUUAUUGUCGAAGCUUCCCUUCAGCAGACACUUGUAGAAGAAGGAGAAAGUGUCCGCAACUAGAGGUGGUCGGAUUUGCACUUCAUGCAGAGAUGACCUCUUUGAAGGGUUAAUGACCGUACACUGGCGAAUUUGUCGCGGCGAUGUUUACUGUGAUUUUAGACUGAUCUGUCCGUCGCAUUUUUAUAAUAAAGUGGAACGUUUUAGCUGUGUUCAAAUAUUGCAGAUGAUAGACCACCUAAAAUUGAAAUGUCCCCUAAUAUACAGCCUGCACACAUGUAUCUUAAGUAAUAUUCCUGUGUGAAAUUUUUCACGAACCAGAUUUUCCGCAAUCACGGUUGUUGCCCCCAGUUUCUAAUACCGUUUUUUAGUUGGGCGUCCUUCACAUUUAGACAAAUUUAAAAAAACCUCACAGAAAGUUAAGUGCUACCACAGGUCGCGCAAGCUCGACAUAAAAGUGUCUGCAUUGUUGCGUAACCUUUGAAAGAUAAAAUUUCUAUGGGAAAAAUUAUCACAUUCGUACUUUACAGAAACCGUUUUUCCUCCAUACAAAUCCUUAUGUUUCGAAUGUUACGCAACAAACCGAUACUCAUAUUUCAAGCUUGGGUAACCUGUGAUGUUGCAUACUUAAGGAAGUCUGUGUCUUAAAAACUGAAUGCCAAUCAAAUACUGCGGCAGUUAACUUAGGCCAUGUUCACACUAUGGCGGGGGAUAGCUUUUCGCGUUGGCACGGCAAGCUAUUCGGUAUAGAGUGAACACCUAUCCGAUACGUGACUCUCCACUAUAGCGAUCGGCAUUCGCUUCGUUACAGAGAUUGCACCGAAUUCACUGUUGUUAUGUGUGAAGCGAAGCCCUGUCAGGCAUGAUUUCCGUGUUGGCGCAAAAGAUUUCCAUUAGAGCGGUUUUCAUUUGAGUGUCGAAAGGUAAUUGGUUUUGCGUUUACUACGCUACGUGAUUGGCUUAAAAGAUUCGCGCCACUUUUUUAUCCAAUCAGAAGGAAAACCAAAACCAAUUGUGUCACGCUCGCAUGCAUUUUCCCGCGCUUUGCGUCAGCUACAUGUAAUUACUUCGAGUUUUAAUUGGUUCACUGUUUUGUCUGUGUCCUUUGUGAUUGGCUACAGUAAUUACUUUGGUUUUGGUUUUACGAUACUCUAAUGAAAACCGCUCUAUAGUGUGAAAAAAAGCUUUAAGAACUUCUGGGUGGCUACAGGUAACUUUCAGGCUAAAUUGAAAAAAGUCAUUGUGUGUUUGUGCUCUUUAGAAGAAGAGCGAGAUUCAUACGAUAGAAAGGGCUGGGUUUUAUAGAGAUAUUGAGGCAGAUUUUUCCCGAGGAAAGAUGGGGAAAGCUCUAGUUCAAGCGAUAAUAGUUAUAUUUCACUUUUUGUAGAUUUGAUAGGAAAUAGGGCUUUAUGUCUCCACUCUGACGGAUAACUCUUGCCCCUGCACGAAAACCUUAUCAGUUAGGACUUUUGCUGUCACAUAAGAACGGUGAUUUCGGCGCGGUUUCUCUAACGGAGCUAAGCUACACCGCGCCAUCUUGAAAAUGAAGGCCACCUACAGGUUUCUGUGUAGCCUGUUCACAGACCCUCUAUUUUUUUAAGAGAUCGUCGAGCGCGCUCUGAAAACAGAGACCUAAAGCUCUCUAAUAGAAAAUCGCGGGGGAUUUAUUCACCAGAAUCACAAGGGGGUGGAUAGGCUAGUUUCUUUGCUGCUCAUUGUUGCAUUGCGAGGUAGAAAUGUUUAAGAAUAAAUACAUUGUAACAAUAACGAAAAAAUGAUAACCGUAUAACAGGGGCACCCAACGGGAAUAUAGUUCAAAACCAUUUAACAUAGCAUUGUUGAACGUAAUUAGUAUUUAAACGGUAGAUAUAGGCAUAUUUUUAUCCCCUAAAAACUUUUCAUCUGUUCAGAUUUCCUAGCUGAAAGUCUAGUGGUCCGAAAAUUAUAGGGAUCAAAACUUACCUUUUCGAAAAUUUCAGCCAUGAAAAGGCUCCCGAAAAUUCUAGGUGGCCUUUUUUAGGGUAAAAAUCCGUUAAAAAUGGGUUAUUAUACCAUUUUGUAGAUGUUCGAAAAUCCUAGGAGAGGCAGGCAAGCAAGAAAUUUUACAACAAAUGUUCCGAAAAUUCUAGAUCUCAAAUCGUCUUCCGAACAGAUAUUUUCCGAAAAUUGCCGAUGGGUGCCCCUGCGUAUAACUUAAUAAGUAAAGUGAGUAUGAUGGCUUAACUGGCAGACGACCAAUAACAUAGCGACUUAAUUGACCACCCCACAGGUUGUCGAAACGUCAGUCACUGUCAACAAAAGCCUGCGUGGCAGCCGGCCCACGUAUCGCGUGUAGAAGGUUUAGAGUGUUUGCAACGCGGCUAUGUCAACAACAGUCCUAUUCAGGACUAUGUUCACCCAGACGAUGAUACUCAACCUACUUAUGAAAUGACUCCUGGGUUCAAACCUUUCACAGUAUAACUUAAGUUAGAAUCAAGGUCGAUUGGCAAAAAAGCUGUCUUAUCGUGUCUUUAACUGCUUGCCGAACUUCUCUGAUCUUCCAGCAAUAAAAUAUUGGGUUCAGUGACGAGUUUGCGUAAAGUAAAGUCAAAGCAAAUUCAUUGGCGAUGAAACCAGAUGGUGUUAAUCCUCUUUCAGUCAAGAAGGCGCCUGUUAUUAUGUAAGGUAGAUAACAGGCAACUAAUGUCAGCUGAAACCACAGCGCACUUGAUACAGCCUUUUUGUAUCGAGCUAUAUUGAUCGGAUUCAAAUGACACGGGUUUCCUGGAAUGUGUUGCGCGUGUACUUGAUACCGACGGUGGCGCAAAGUAAUGAAAAUUUUUGUGUAGGAAAAACUGGAGACGAUUAGACACAGUCCCAUAGCGAUAUAACCGUACCAUUCGGAGAUAGGAUGACUCCAGAGAUACCCUGUUGAACCAAAAAUGGACGCAAUCCAGAUAGCAGUUAUGCUUAUACGAGUUCUUGUGAAAGUCACAACUUGUCUGUAUCUGAGUCCCAGCGAAAGGGCGAGAAGCCUUUCCACGGCUAUUGCAGUCGAUGUAAACAAAGACACUAAACACAAAGUAUAGCCAGUAAUAGCACCUACAGCUAACGCGUAACGGCAUAUGCUGGAUCGUUCAUGAUGUGCCAAAGAUAUCCAGAAAGUGACUUCAAGAGGCUCCACGAUUAGGCCAACGAAGAGAUCAGUUAUAGCGAGGCAACGCAGCAGUAAUUUGGACGGCGCAUGAAGGGAAUUUUCCUUGAGAAGAGCUACUAAGAUCACGGCAUUUCCAAAGAAAGCAGUGAAACAGAAGAGAAUGUUCAGCCCUGAAAGAAAUAUCAGUUGGCUGUGUAUCCCUUGAGUUAAAUCAGCAGAGCAAAAGAGUUCUUCAUACGCUUUCAGUGGUGUAUUUUCAGUAUAGUUGUCGUUGGCCAUCGGGGAAAGUGAGCAGGUUCUUGAUAAGGAUGAGUGUUUUAAAUUAACGCAUCCAAUUAUGUCAGCAAUUAACUUCGAUACACAAAAUAGAAAGUUCUAAUCUGCAAUUUUAUCAAUGGAAUUUUCAUUGCACCUGCCAAAACAUCUUCUAUUAAUUGCAAAGCCCACUGUGUUGAAAUAGCUUUCGUUUAAAGUGCUAUUCCGUGGAUGUAGCAUCAAUAGGAGUUUCUACUUUGCGUCACUCGGUACUUGCCACUUUCUCCACUUCCCGCACUCGAACUUGUUCAACAAGCUUUCAAUCAGGUGAUGCAGUUUCAUCCUUCAAAAUAGGUCUUCUGACGUAUUUUAAGUUACGCUUUGUUAAUUGAGUAUGCGGAUGUGCAUGAGCUGUUUUCAUUAAUACACUGCGGGUGUAUGAGUGCGGAGUAAUUCUUGUUGUUAAGGAUUUUCUUAUCCAGCUAUCAUAUUUUCUCAAGUCAAUGUCCCGGCAUUUAUUCAAACGCGGCCUUAAAAGCGUAGGGUCCAGCGGUUAUUGUGCAAAGGGCUUUUAUUCAUAGUUCUUAACAGCCUACGUAUUAUGCCGUUAUGCCUGAAGUUUAUUGUUUCAUAAAUAAAGUCCUAAGCCCGGCUUGCAAUCUAAAAAAUACGAUGGAUCAGCAUUUAAGGUAGCUGCUCAUCAACAAAAGAACGCCAGUGCUAAUGUGCGCAUUUAUCGAGGACAUUUUGACAAUUGCACCUGCACGCUCAUGCUUCUUGAAAAAGCGUCAUGGAGUGUUUAACUAUAUAUUGCUUUUUAACGUUUUUUGAGUGAAUGGAUCUUUAGAAAGUGAAAUAAUGAGACGAUUUUGUUUUUUAAUGUGCGGCGCUUCGUGCCAUAUUUUUCAUGUCGACGUGUCGUGAGCUUUGCGAGAAAAGUCUUUUUAGAUCAUUUAGUUUUUGGUUUUUAGGUAACUUACUGUAAAUAAUGUUACAUGUACACUUCUUCGUAAACGGCGAGCGUGUCUUUGAUCCUUGUGAUUUAACGAACAAAAACCGUAGCUAGAACUGACGACUGAACAAGGUCUAUUAAGACAAAUAAGUAGUAGCCCUGGUUUGUGAUUUAAGACAUACAGGUGCAUAAACAGCGAGCGUCCUCUUAGUUGUAUUUUACAACUCUGGCUUUUUUGCCGCCAUUUUUGCUGCUAUUUUUAAUUGGGCAUAUGAAAUAGUGGCGAGUGGUCGUUGAGAAAUCGCUAUUGUUUCAAAAACUGCUUGACUUCCUUUCAAUGUAAGCGAUUUUCUUGGACGAGAGUUACCAGAAACCCGGGGGGGGGGGACUCCGCAUAUGAAAGGGGUGGGGAUGCUCGUCGUCUCGCUUAGGGUGUAAAUUUCGGAUUUUGGUCGCACUUAGCGUGUUCUGGGCAAAACGCCAUCAUAUCUAGCCGUGAAGGUCUCGUUUAGGGUUCCACACGAAAAAUAUAAAUAUAUAUACAUAUUGUCUGUGUUUCAACAUGGUCUCUUUUAGGGGUCAAAAAAAGUUUGGGCCACGCCCAGAUCGGUCUCCUUUAGGGGUUUAAUUCUUUCAUAUGCGGAUUCCCCCCCCCCCCCAUUGGGGCCCUAUAGUUACCGUAUUCGGCAUAAGGAUCGCAAGGAUCGCCCGAUCUCUCCAGCCGUUACGUUGUACUUUUGCACCCUUUCAAUCCUUACUGUUAAUUCAGCUUGUUUAGUGUAAUGGUAAUAGCGGCCGGGCAUGUUUUUUAGACCUCCGCUAUAAAAGUACCCGGGGGGGGGGGUACUCACAGAAAAAUUGGGUAGGGGUGUGCGGCCCGCUUCCCAAAACCCUUACCCUAUUUAUGACCAAAAUCUGCGAUUUUCCCUACCCUAUUUAUGACCUAACCAAAAAUUUGAUACCCUAUUUAUGACCUGACCCUUAAAUCAAUACCCUGUUUCAGACCUGCCUUAUAAUUAUUUCCCUAGUUCAGACCAAUGUUAAAGGCAAUGUUUAUCUGCUUUUUUAUUAGGUUAGGGGGACAUGAUAACGAAGUAGUCUUCUAAAAAGUGCAUUCAAGACUACAGUGCAAAAAUCGUUACCCUAUUUAUGACCAAAAUGGCGGCAAAAUAGCCAAAAUCGAUACCCAAUUUAUGACCAAAACGGCUGAAAAACCCUACCCUUUGGGGCCGCACAUACCUAUAUAGCCCAUAUUAGGGAGUACCCCCGGUACUACCGCCAUACAUGUAUAGCUACCAAAGAGGUGGAUCCAAAGAGCUAUAAAACUGGCCGUGGAUGUUAAAUUUCGCUAGUAUUACUGAACUUAAAUGAUCGGCUCCUUUUAUAGAUUAAUUUACUUCUUAGAUGAAUUGGGGACAGGAGUAGUCAUAUAUACUCUCAGCUUAUAAAAUGUCAGGCCACCGACAGUAUCACGUAGCGCAAUGUACUCCUAUGACAAGCGUCUAGUUACUUUUUCUAUGUGUUUUCUUUUUUUCUGACCAAUAAUUCACUUAACUAGUGCACAAGAGCAAUUGAAGUUUCUUUCCUGUAUUUAUUGAUUAUUGUAUUAUUGUGUUGUUGAUUGUUUUGCAGGUAUGGGAGAUGGAGACAGGUCAGUUUGUGUAUCAGGUGACAGACGCCCAUGGUCCGUCUACUGAGAUAACAGCCAUGACAGUUGACAGCUCAGGCUACAGACUAGCAACGGGGGCUUACAAUGGUUAGGCUCAAUAAUAAUAUGAUGACGUUAUAUGUUAUCUUAUAUAUGUGGAUGUGAUUGUCGCAGUUAUACUAUCAACCUACGCGGUUGAGCUGUCGUUCAGUUGUGAAAAUAAAUUGCCGUAAAUGUUGUAAUUGACGCCCCUCUCAAAUAAACGCCCCCAGUCUAAUAGACGCCACCCCCAUGAGAAUUACACCAAAAUACUAAAAAAAAAAUCAAAAAGCAGCAAAAUCAUUCAAUUUAGUCAUUUUGUUGGCUUGAUUAACAAAGGUUUUCGCUUUGCAUCUUGUUCAGUGGUCAAGUUCAAAGAAAGGAUAGGCAAACGAUUACAGCACAAUGAUCCUGAAUGAGGAUUCUGACAUCGAUUUUGAGAUCUGAAAGAGCGAUGUGGAUCUCUGGACGGCCUAGAAGUAUCAAUGGAUGGACUGAAUAUUUUGUUGAGCUUGUUGCAAAAACGCCUCCUAUCCAUUAAACGUCCCCUCUUGGACUCCUAAAAUUAGAUAAACGGCCUGAGCGUCUAUUAGAUUAUUUACGGUACUAGUUUGUUGAUCAUAAUCACAUGACUUUUGUCGAGCAUAUAGUUUAUUUGUGGCCCGAGUGGCAUCAUUUGCGCCCGAACAAGGCCAAACUGCUAUUUUUUUUCAUAAGGAAAGAUUGUUUAACAUGAAAUCAUGUUGCAGGCGGCAAAUUCCAUUUUCAGCGCACACUUUGCUGUUUUGCCCGCGAAAAGGAACGUUUUGGAGAGGGCAGUGGCCGCGUGUAGUGAUUAUAAUUCCUCUUCAUUCAAAGUCCCUGUAUGAAACUUUUCUCUUUAGGUAAACAAAAUAGAGGCAAUGUAUGGAAGGCCGCGUGUAAACGAAAAAGUUGAACCUCCCUCAACUUUUAUGUUUACGCGUAGCCAUUAAUACAUUGCCACGUACGCAUCUAGAAAUUAAGCCACAAAAUCCAUCUUAACGUUUGAUAUGAGUUCAUACAGAAAACAAUUUCUACAUUGAAUUUUCAGGUUCUAUAAAGGUGUGGGAUUUUGGCAGUGGUCAACUUUACAAGAAGUUCCCGGAUGAACAGACAAAGAAGCGGCAUGAGGACACUAUAACAGGUCUGGUCUAUCACACGAUGUAUGGCAAGAGGUGUCUCUUGGUUUCAUCGUGGGGGAAGAAGAUUAGAAUCAUGGAAGUAGGUUAUUGAUAAUUAUAGCGUUCUUUAGAUCUGACCGUUUAUGAGCGCCAGAUAAAGUGCAAGUAAAACUUAAAAAAUUCUGGCCGGUUUUGUCACAGGGUGGUCACACAAUCUGUAUGUGUAACCAUUUAUGUAUCUGCAUGUGUAAGUUUAUAGUAAAUGUAUUGGAGCUAUUGUUUGCUGUAACGAUAUAUCGUUAAUUAGUAAAAUCCAGCUAGUGGUCUAUUAUCAAUGCUGCGUUCUGAUAGGUUGAGCUACUACUAGGCUAUAUGUUAUAGCCCACUAGUAGCGAAAAGCGCCAGUCUAAUAGACGCCACCCCCAUGAGAAUUACACCAAAAUACUAAAAAAGAAUCAAAAAGCAGCAAAAUCAUUCAAUUUAGUCAUUUUGUUGGCUUGAUUAACAAAGGUUUUCGCUUUGCGUCUUGUUCAGUGGUCAAGCUAUUGUUUGCUGUAACGAUAUAUCGUUAAUUAGUAAAAUCCAGCUAGUGGUCUAUUAUCAAUGCUGCGUUCUGAUUGGUUGAGCUACUACUAGGCUAUAUGUUAUAGCCCACUAGUAGCGAAAAGCGCCGGCUUUGAAAACCUUAACAAUGGCGGCUGAAUCGCGUUUUGGUAGCUAACGUUGUUUUUGUCUUGAUAUUUUUGACCAACUAGUUGGAUUUUACUAAAACAAUUAUUCCUCUCGCCCUCAUGGCCUCUGAGUCGAUAGCCCAUUCGGUCUUCGGCCUCAUGGGCUAUUGACUCAAGAGCCCAUUCGGGCUGAAGGAAUAAUUGUUAAUUAUUAACGUGGAUCAGUGUUAAAUAUGGGUACCCUGUGGUUUUGUGCUAAGACAUCUCGCUCUUCCCUCUGAUACUAGAAAAUAAGGAAAUAAGACUGAGCUGGUUUGCAAAGUCGUAUUCGCACUCUUGUCUGGAUAUUUUAAAAAAAGCAAGACAAAAGCAUGUAGAUACAACACUAUACCAGUUUAAAGGGGCUGUGUCAUGGCGUCCAGUUCAUUUUGUUUAAUUUUGCCAAUUACUCGCCCUCAAUCGCUAUGGAACUUAAAAGGCAGGCAAAGAAAUUACAUGUAAAUGACAAAAUCAGAGAUCCGAGAAAAAAGAAGAUGUCUCCCGAGCAUUAUUUUUGAAGUUGCAAGCAGCAGGGAUCAACUUUGAUUUCAUUAACAACCCAGUAAAUGGUAAGUUAUUAUUAAGUGAAAAAAAAUUCUUGUGUGAUAUGGCUAUGUAAUUGUUGUCCGUAACAGGACCCUGCCGAUGUACAAACACUCGUUGAACUCAAGGUUUUAUCGGAUCUUUUCGUCCCGCCUGUGCCAAUCUACAAGGACAAAGGUAAUGAUUUUCUUCUUGACACAUGCCAUAGGGAAAAAGCUGCAUAUAAGAUUGCUUAUACCCUUUCAGCAAUUUCUCGUUUCUCUAAACAUGUACGAAUUUGAUGAACCAACCCAAUUCACUCCUUAAGUCAGUUGUGGAAUCUGCUACCGGUUGUUCAAACGUUGGAUAGUGCUAUCCAUCGGAUAAAUCACUAUCCAGCGCAUAAUUGCGCAAUUGCGCUCCUGGAGGGGGGGGGGGGGUUGGGGAGCAUUCAAGGGAAGUCUGGUUAGAGCUGUGCUCCGAGGCCUUCAAACCCCGACCCUAUUUAAGACGGGAGACACUAUUUUCUGAGCCUGAUUUGUUUUGUUCUCGUACAGAAUUAAGUAAUUUUUCACACUAAAAUCGUGACAAUAGAUGUUUACGAAAAAACUUAUUGGUAUUACAAAUGUAGACCGCUCAUCGCAAGUCUUCACACUCUUUGAAAAGCUUCCAGUCCAAAAAAACACCCUGUUCAAGACGCUUAAUAGUGAAAUUGCGUACCCUGUUUAAGACUCAAGACCUUGGGAAAACUUUGUGUUUAAGUCGCUUUUCUUUGCUUUGUUUUGACACCUCUGGCCUGCCUCCUACUUUUCAGUGUGCUUAAAAAUCUAUUGAGAACCCUGCCCUGUUUAAGACUCAAGACCUUGAAAAUCAUACCCUGUUCAGUGGCACAUACCCGCAUAAGACCAAAUAUGGGAGUGGCCCCCUUAGGAUUGCGCUAUCCUCCGGAUAGAGAUUUAUCCAGUACAUAGGGUUAUCGACCUUUUUAGCAUUUGGGACCAGAUUUUUCGACAUUUUCAGCCAAAUCAUAUUCUGGCAUCAUUUGCAUUGACGUUGAGACCUUUUUAACAUCAUCACUAUCACUAUCGAUAUUACAACAUAAAAUCUAGGUUUUCAUAAUUUUCGUUUUUUUUUUCAUUUUGGGCUUAGUUACAAUGACUAUAAACACUAUCUUAUUGCAUUAUCUUACAUUGCCUGUAAGAUAAUGCCCGCUAAAAACGUAAGAGCUAGCCAACCAUAUUUUUGGCAAAACUACCAAACAAACAAAAAUGAAGCAAAGAAAUAUAUUUUCUUCAUGUAUAUAGCUCUGAAUGGCUUUCAUUUGACUGUUUUUUUUGUUGUUGUUGUUUUUUGGGAGGAGGGGGGCCAUAUUCGGGGCUGCAACUUUCUUGACUAGCAUUGUAUACCUUCUGUUGUUGUUGUUGUUUUUAAUUGAUGUAUUUUUUUGUGGUUUUGUUUUUUGUAUUAAGAUGAACAAGCCCCUUUCGUGUCACGAGCUCCCCUUCCCUCAAUUGGAGAAACCCAGGAGGUCAAAUCAAGCAAUGAGGUAAGGACAAAGAGACGUGCGAGGUGUAAAUUAACAGAGAUCUCAGCCCAUUUAAAGCUUUGGUAAAACGGGCAACUAGCUCUGCAACAUUGGUACAAAACGAGUUAAAACCACCUACUUUUGAACCUGUCUUGCAACAAAUCAGUUUUUGCAAGUUGCUUUCGGGAGUUACGUCACUUAUUGCAAAGCAGGUUUGCCUCGGACCGGUAAAACUAGCAACAUACACAGAGUUUGUCCCAAACAGUAAACUACAGCGUACUUUCUGCAACAACUUUUCGCAGCUUGCAGCAUUUGUUGCGAGACAGGUUUGAGCGUGGGUGGUAAAACGUGCAACAUCGCAGUCUAAUCAUUUUGCAGCAGUUUCGCAAAACAGGUUGCACGUUUUUGGUGCCCGUUUUAACGUACCUUAACACUUUAAAUUCCAAUAGUGACCAACAUCAGCUUUCUCUUAACGAUAUCAAUGCAUUACUUAGAGAAAAAGUGUGAGAAUUAAUAAAAUGAUCACCAAAGGAAAACUGCUUUGAUCUUUUAUCAAAUUCUUCUAACUAAUUCAUUAACGAAAUGUAUGGAGAUCAGUCUGGAGAAUUUUUAUGUUGAUACUGGGACUUAAAGGGUUAAAGAAUUUAGGCAACAGGAAGUCCUGUUUGCUUGGUUGUUUGUUAGUUUAUUUCCUUCUUGAUAAAGUCGAGUCGAUGGUCUGUAAACUCACUUGUAGAAUGUUGGUCGAGUUUCCCCGUUGCCGUCAUCACUGAUUUUCGUCUGUGCUGUGUUUAUUCCAUUUCAGGAGUAUGCCCUCUCUCACUGUGACGUGACGUGUUUGGAGCAUAUGUCUCCUUUACUCUUCGCGGGUACCACAAGUGGAUCGGUUAUAAUAUGGAACCUAGAGACAGAGAAAAUCGCCCUACGGUAUUCUAAUUAUGUAUACAGUAUAUAUGAAUUACAGAGGGGAAUCUAUCGUCAUUAUCGUUCUUGUUGCUUUCUUUGAUUUCCAAAAUGCACUGGAUAUAAAAGAGUUUUGAUAGACUUACCGGCGAACCUUUAGUUUGUCCGGGCAAAUGGUCAUCUUGGCCGGACAUUUUACGUUGCCCCGUCGUUAUUUUGGCGGCCCUGCACUCUAUACUCUGUUUACUAGCUUGAGCACAAAACUGGAUUAAUGGAUUUAUCGGUUCUUUUGCUUCAGGUGUGUUCCGCCAAAAUCUGCAAGUGCGAACAGUAGCAAAUACAAGCGCCAUCACCAGGAUGAGCAGCUGGUUUAUAGAUGCCUUUAUUUGGUUCAUCGGGUCAGGAAACCCAUCAUUUACGGAAAAGGGUAUAAUAAUUAAUUGUCAGAUAUACCGAAACGUGAGAGUUUAAACUGUUAGGGUAACACCCGCUUAGGCAACGCAUAUUGGUGUAAAUACGGUAAUCGCCAAGAAAAAGAGCGAGUUGUGGCAAAAGAUAAUGAACAGUAAAUGACAAGUGUUUGCCGUUUGCCGUCAACGGGACCGUCUUUAAUAGAACCUUUUAGCAUCAGGUUUUCCAUGGCAAACCGCAAAAUGCAUUUGCGGUUAGGCCUUUACAGUUUCACGGUGCCGGGAUUUCAAAUUUUAGCAAGGCGUUCAUUGUUAAGUGUUUUUCGUCAAGUCGAAGUGCAUCACUUUUAUCGCCCCUAAAACAUGAACGGUUCGUUGAUUCGAGUUCAAAAAUCUAACUAGCACAUCGCAGACGGACGCAGAAAGCCACUUCGAUUUUUAGUGGCCAAAAACCUUUUGUCACUUACCGCUGGAAGCCCUUCUUGCCGUUCAAACGGAAACUGCAAACGCCACCACAAGACCGUGGUCACGUGACAUGCCAAACUAACCGCGAUUUUGUUACACUGUGUUAAUCCCUAUUAGAGAGUUUCUUAGCUGAUAUGAGGGCUGUCACUAUAUGUAAUUAGUAGGCGUAGAGUUGAACAUCUGGGAAGUUUUUUAUAAAAGUAUCCGGGUCCCGGCCCAUACUCCAAGUACUAUGACUGAUAAAGAGGACAAUGCCACGUGCUAGACGCUCUUCCUUAAGUGCUUCUUCUAAUUCCUCAAGUAAAAUUUCACGGCAACGGUAUUAUAAAAAAAGAUAUUUCCUGGACAUUCCUUCCAUUAAGGAUAUCUUCUGCAUGCUCGUCACUGCUGAUCUGGUGAUACAAACUUGGAAGCUAACCUGCAGGUUUGGGUUGCGUUCGAAGUGGAACGCAAACCUAGACUUUUGACCUCGGACAGGAAGCAGUCUUUUUUUGUAAGUUUAGCUCAGUACUUUACAAGGCAGGUACGUGGAGAUUGAAAGAACAAACUUCCCGAAAGAAGACCGAGGUAAAGUUGUCUCCUCUCUAGUUUCCUUCAAGUACUUGCCAUGUUUUUUUUCUCAUUUUCGUUCGUUCACUAGCUCGAUCUGCUCGCUCGCUCAUGAGUUCUAAGGGGCUGCUGUCUGUCUUGCUGGGCCAUCCUGUCUCCUCCGCAGAGGCCUCUUUGUGUCGUAGGGAGGCUGGGGAGAGGGAAAAAUAAAGCGCGUGGGAGACGAUGGGAAGGGGAAAGGGAUAAAGCGAGGCCCAGGCUCCCGCCUUUUCCUUCUUCCAUUAUUGUUAUUGUUGAGAUGUCUAGCCGGAGCCUCUGCGGAGAGAGCGGUUUAUCCAAUAACAUUGUUGGAUGAAGACGGACUAAUAUGUUGGAUCAGUUGAAUGAAUAUUAUCGUAUUUUUUCCUCUUUCAGUAACGUUAAAUUUGAAGACACUACCCGCGAAGUAGGUCACGUUAGCUUUAAUACAGAAGAUGUGAAUGGCAGUCAGGGUGAACAAGCUGAAAUUGAAGGAGAAGAAUACGUUCACGAAAACCAGAAGCAAACAGAUGAAGACAGCGCAGAUAAAGAAGAAGGCGAGGCACGAUCAGAGAAGGUGCAAGAAAACGCGGAGAAAGGUGAAGAUAAAGUUAUUAAUGAGGAUGAGCAAGAGGGAGAGGAAAGUGACGAGAAUAAGGAGACCAUUAUUGGAGAGUUUUUACAAGUCAGUGAGCCGGCUUUGGUUUCUUCUCACCAUGAUGGCUUUUUACGAUUCUGGAAUUUAGCGGUGAGUUGAACAGUCUCGUUCCUAGACUGUCCCUAAAUUCUUCUGGUACCCAAUGCGCUGAAUACGCUAUUCGAGAGAUCUAACCCCUGCACCAACCCCCACUGUAACUGUAAUUGUAAUUUGUUUACCUACAAAACACUUAAGAAUUGGUAAGAACUCGCUUAAACGUGUCCAUGCGUUACAGACCGAACUGGAAUUUGUAAGUUUUAGUUUUUUUGGAGCUUUUUGGAGGGGAAACCGGAUUACCCCGAGAAAAACCUCUCGGACCAAGGGAGAGAACCAACAACAAACUCAACCCACAGUAUGGCCUAUUUUUGUUAUAAACUGGUCGAUUUGCCGCAAAAAUUUUCGUCUGCUUCGAUUAUUGUCCCCUAGUUAAGUGGCCCUACCAUCUCGUAAAUAUACGCACGCUGAAGUUGAGAUCAUUUAUUACGGCGAAUUUUUAUGGCAUUUAUUCGUAGGGAACUCUGUUAUCUGAGGUGCGAGCGAUUACCAGGCGGCAGGCAUCAGCAGUAACUUCCAUGUGCACAGAUGCGGACUGUAAUUUUGUUAUCAGUGGAGAUGCAAGUAAGAGUUGUUUUCAUAUAUGGCCUAUGCUUCAUGUUUGUUUGUUUGUUUAAAAGAACGAAGAAAAAAUUAAAAAAAAAAAAAACUUGUGUGAGGUUAGCGAGCUCUUGGCUGUUUAUCAUUUACAAAAAGUUUCCCGAAAAACCGUUUGAAAAGUAAAUGGAACACAGCUUUUCGUGUCGUUUCAGUGGAAAAUUCCUGGGAGUUACGGAACAUCUGAAACGGUAGUCUGUUUUCCCGGAAGGAGUUUUCCAAACGGAAAGUCGUGUUUUAUUUGUUCAAACCCAUAUUUGAUACCAAUUUCAGGCUUUCGCGGCCCUUUUUUCGGUAAAAGGAACUGAUUUGUGCAAAUGGAAACACAAUUCCAGAAUGAAAUUUACCAGCCCUGAAUUUUUCUCACCCGUUUUCCCAAACCCUUAUCGAUCUGAAAACAUAACACCCAGUACUACGGAAAUUCUUUACGGUUACAAACCCGAAUCAACACGCUUUCGCGCUGUCAAUCAUUAUCUACUAAUUGCACGCUACUACAUCCACGUUGCUAGAAACAAAUCUGAGAACCCGAGACUAGAUGUUUUCAUUGUUCUUCUGGUGAUUAAAAUUCAAUGUGAAAGAAAAAUUGCUAUUGAAACCGAAAAACCACACCAAAUGCAGAAACAAGUGGACCGCUUUGUGCAUUUCUGACAUGCGUUGUGACUUGUGUGUGCUUUUUUUUGUUGUUGGUGUUCUUUCUUUUAAAUACCUUUCUUUUGCUCUUGCUUACUAUUGUAUUCUCCCUUGCUGUAUUUAUUGUAGGCUUUCUUUAGUGUUUUUAUUUUCUUUUUCUGUUUAUUACAUGACUUGCUUAUUUUAUUACUGUAUCAACCUGGUUGUAUUAACUGUACGCUUUUUUCUCUAGUUUAAUAAAUUUAUGAAUUAAAAGAAAAAAUCAUGAACCGAUCAGUUUGCCCAUGUAAAUGGUAGACAACCAAUAACUUUGGGUUUACCAAGUGGAAACUCGAUGUUACAGGUCAAAAUUAUAUUCAGGUUAAAUUUUUUUGUCUCAUAGCCUAAUUCAUGAAUAAUCAGGGUUAAGGAAAUUGAGAAUCAACCUCGGUUAAAAAAUUUUAGCCUGAAUUUAAUUUUGACCUCCAACAUAUACAUCCAUGACUAAAAGUCUUGUUCUUUUACUGACCUGUAUUUAGAGGGUUACAUCACCGUGUGGGAGGUGGGGAGCUUUCUUCUUCACCCUCCAACGGAGAGCGACGGAGAGGAACAUAAAGAAGAAGAACAAGAGGGCAACAAGGAAGAAACGAGGAGAGAUCCCACGGUAUUUAACACCAUUUCGUCUCCGGCUCAACGGUUGAUACGCACCUUUUUGUCCAAUAGUUUUAUAUAUUUCCUCAGGGAUUGUAGAGGGAACGAAAAGGAAGCGCAUAUGAAAAUCACCACCAGCGAAAUUAAUGUUCUUUCUUUACUAUUAACUCCACCUUACUACGAUCAGUUCGCUUGGUGCCGAAGAGACUUAAUUUCUAUCCCUUUUUCGAUGAAUAUAGACUGGUAGGUUGCAUCACUUGUACGCCAUAAUGUGUAAUACCCCAUAGGCGAAACAGUUAUACCCCAUAGGCGAAACAGUUAUACCCCAUAGGCGAAACAUCCGAAACAAGCCGGCAAAAACUAGGCGACUGGUUCCGAGAACAUCUUCAAGAUGUUGAAAGAAACGACGACGACACGUCAAACCAGAAGCUCGCCAUUUUAAUCUCGCUAAUCAUUGCAACAAAACAUGGCAUUCUUCGAUUUCCAAUCUCUCUUCACCAUUGUAAUACGGAAAACUGCAAAAAUAGAGAGAUUAAGAUGCACGUUUACGUCAAACGGUAGACGUGAAUUUUUACCACUUGAAUAAGUUUUCCCCUUAUUUUCCGUUUACUCUUUAUUGCUUCUAUAAAAAAAAUAAGUAGUUUUGUGCCAGUUUUAACCAUAAGAAUCGUUCGGGACUGUAUUUAUUUGCUUAUUUCCUAUUCUGAGAAAUUCUCAACUCGAGUCCGACGUUUGCCGUAUGCGGUAAACGUGAAUCUUAAUCUCUGUAAUCUAGAUCAACAACGUAUCUUUCAAAGCGGCACCCUACGUCCCCAUGGAGUCGACAAAUGCUUCUCAUUCAACCAAUUUAUUCCUGUUUUUCACGUAACCAUGUUCCCACCAAGUGGUCUCACCUGUUAUCAUACAAGUGAGAAGCAAGGAUCAGCCCGUCUCGGGAGACUAUGGAUUGGCGCUCUGGCCAAGGUGCACUCGACAGCGUCCUCUCUGGCCACACGGUUCAGUGUCAGUUACCAAACCAGUCUCUUGAGUUGGUGGCGUCUGCUAUGAUACUACCAUUCUACUAGUUUUACCACUAUAAACUACAGGAUACUUGUGAUAGCCAAGUUCGUAAUACUAGGGGUUUUUUUAUUUGGUGCAAUGAUCGGGUUUUAUGGAUUUUAUCCUUUUUUACAGAAUGUCAUUAAGCAGGUUGUUUGUUGGAGGGGACAUCUCACGCGAGUUGUGGGACUGGAACACGUGCAAAGCUCUGGCGUCAUCGUGUCUGCAUCAACCGACUGUUCUGUUAGGUAACUAGUAGACUGUAAAAAUAUUUAUUUGAAUUGUUGUUGAAAUAGUCAGUAAAGGUACUGUUUCAUUGGUCGUAUUAAGGGGGCGUUACGGUUAUUUUGGGGUAAAAUGAGGUUGAUUUAGGAAGGAAAUAAAUUGGGGUAGAAAAGGUGUACACAUAAACCAGUUAGUCCGCUAAUGAGAUCAGAGGCACCUUGUUGCUGGUGGUUGACUAUCUGGUACUCCUUUCCACCAAUUAUUCACUUCAUAUUUUGAUUUUGGGGGAAUUUUCCAAAUUAUUUUAAACAUAGUCCCCUAAUUUUUACAUUAAAAAAGAAAAAACAUCAUAAAACCAGAAUUAGGGUCUGCUAAUGGGAUCGAGUUAUUUAAGAAAAAGGGUGGAUAUCAACGAAAAAUAAUGCUUUUAACCAGCUGCCCGCUUAAAACAAAUUUUGUGGUCAGGAUAUAUUUAUUAUUGGAGCCACUGCGAUGAUUCAGGUGUUUGGAUAUUUUCGGUUAUCCAACUUUACCCUUUAGCUCCCAAGAGUGACCAACAUCAAUUAACAACAUCAGGAUCGUGGACGCCCAAUUCGACCACUAUUGGGCGCCACUCUAUCUAUUUUAAAUGUGCAAUCUUAGUAAUGUUAUAUAUGUCUAUAUUUUUUCAUUUUCUUUCUGUAAUACUUAUUUUUUGUGGCAAAUGCGGUAAAUCAAUAAAGAAUAAAUAAAUUUCUCUUAAAAAAAUAUUAAAAGAAAUGUAUGGAAAAGUUUAUUUUUUGUGGAUCUUUUUUAAAACGUUCGCGUUUGACAGCAAAGGGAAGGGAAAAACGUCGACCAAGGGCACGUGAACUUUAAGUUUUCUGCACGUAUUCUCAAAAAAAUAGACACGGAAAAGUUUUGUAAACACGGAAUUGAUCAGUUUUCUCUUUUUCUGUCCUUAUAGAGUGUGGUAUCGAGAUACGGGUCAUUUUAUCGGCUUCUUUAGCCAGCCGCGACUCUGGCACCUGCCAUCUGCUAAGUCUGUACCGUCCACACCUGUUAGACCUUACGACAUCUCCGAGGUAAGUAGACAUAAUCAGUAGCAGUAGGGAAAACAUAGACGAUUUUGUUCCGUCAUAAGUUAUAAUAACUCGCAGGCUGUUUUAUUGUAUAAUUGCUGUUAAUUGAUGGUCUCUUUUCCUACUGAUAAUUAUUUUAAGAUAAAAUAUAUUUUUUACUUACACGCAAAGAUCGUCCCAGUGAAUUACACAACUGGUGAGGGAUGAUCUUUACAUUUAUUUCCUCAUUCCGCGGUUCUGAGAUAUGAAAUUCAUAUAUUCAUAACGUUAAAGUAUGUUUUUUGUCAAGUAAAGCGAUUUUGGCGACAAUGGUACUAUCCUCGCGUUAAGAUUUCAAGACGUGGACGAAAAAAUAGGCAGCGUGGUCAGCACUUCGGACUUUCAAUCCGGUGGUCCCGGGUUCGAGUCCCGCGCUGGGCACUUGCUGGAUAUGUUCUAGGUAGUCAGCCUAAAUCCAACUGGUCGCCUCCUGUCAUUUGGGGUUCUUAAUUCUGUUUUGUUACAUUUGAAUUAUAAAUUUGUUUCAAGUAGUUGAGUGGAGUGCCUGUAAACUAGCUGGAUAUGCUAAGUGCACUUUCCACUGUAAACAAACCUUAUUUACUUAUUUAUUUUAAGAUACUUACUAAGAGAAAAUAGGAGGUUCCCAAAGCUUUCAUUUAGUCUAUUUGAUCUGGCCCCAGUUGUUCAAAAGGUGGAUAGCACUAUCCACAGGAUAAAUCUCUAUCCUGUGGAUAACACAAUUGGUUUCUCUAAUACUUAUCCGCUGGAUAGCGAUUUAUCCAGUGAAUAGCGCUAUUCAUAAUUUGAGCAUCCGGGGCCAGAUUCAACUUACAACAAAAUUUUUAGUUUCUUUUUCGAUUUUCGAAAGAUGUUUGUAACUUUAUGUCGUCGGCUUUACCAUAAUUUGUUUGUACUAAUCGUGUAAUGUCUUUCUAUAUUUUGUUUCAUCAGGGCCCGAUCAAAACUCUGAAAAACAUCCCCACCAAAGCAGUCAACAAAACAAAUGACAGCGGUGUGGACUGCCCAUUGAUGUUUGAUGAUACAAGGUGGUUAUGUCUUUGUUGUUGUUGUUUUCUUAUUUUUAUUUUGCUAUUAAUUAUUCGAGGUCAUACCCCUUUGAUCAUGGAAAGCCGACAUUUGUAGAAAGCGCCAAACGGGCCUGGUCAUCGUUGCCAGCGUCGGUUUAGAUGCGGGAUAUAAUAUGAACUCGCGCAGGAAAAAAAAAAGAAGAUACGAGCCACCCGCCGGUCACACGACCGAGAAUCUAGCAUUUCCACUUCACCCCCCGGGGGGGCGGAGGGGGGUGAUAGGCCCCAUCAAAAGGGUUAUCCGGCAGACUCCUAGUAUGAGUCCUUCGGGCAAACCAUGGCCACACUGGAAGUUAUUUGAAAGGGGAGGGAUUUCACGAGUUGAGUUGCAGUGUAACUUCGCCUUUAUACGACCACCUGGUUAUUACGACCAUAUUCUUUCGACCCAAACGUAGAAAUCAUCUUAUUAUUUUGAAGACCCCGUUAAUGCGACCACCUCGUUAUUACAACCAGGAUGUUAUGGCCCAACGGUGGUAGCAUUAAGCCUUUAAGCCCUAAGAGUGAUCAGCAUCCAAUUUCUCCUUGUAAUAUCAAUGCUUUGUAUAACACGGUGGUCAUGAGAAUUACGGACAUGAUCACACAAGAUGAAGUUGAUUGGUAUUUCAUCAACCUCUCCCCACUACUUCUGUAGGAAAUGAAUUAGGGCAACAAAUGAGAAUUCGAUUUUUGAUCUCAGGGUUUAAAGGGUUAACGGGGUUCCACUGUAAUUGUUAAGUAUCUUCGCUUAAUCUUGAAAGGACAAAACUACGACGGUUGCUCGAUUAUUAAGUGGACAGAUAUGCAAAAUGUUGCUUUUUUGACAAACAUGAUAUAGAGCGGGCAGAAGUUAUUAAGCUCAUGUCAAGAGUUUGCUGCGUUUAUUGUCGGGGUCGCAAGUGGGAUAUGAGAAUGGCCUGCGUGUGCGUGGGAGAAAUCGCGUGCGCUCUUCGCUUUUUCGCGCGCUUUACUGUCCCCUUUCCUUUUCGCUCUCAAACGCUUGCAACGAACGCAAAUAACAGAUAAUGAGGUUGAAUUUUUCAUAGAGUAAUACGCAAUAUCUCUUUGUUUGAUAGAUGGUUACCAUUCCGACAUUCCGCUCAAAGAGAAACCAGACCUAAAGGCAAUGAAAAGAAGUUCUUUGAUUCUUUGUCUAAACCCAAGGUAAGUUCAGUGCUUCUCUUCAACUUUUUUCCUAAGCCGCUCUAAUACAAACAAAACGUUUUCCACUAGUUUGCGUACUGCAACUAAAUAACAAGUAGAUUCAGUAUGGCUCAAGUGAGUGUAAUCCGUCUAAUUACUUUAGCCUUUUCAUACACGUAGUUUUCUUAAAAGAUCGUCGCUCUCGCGCUAGCCAAAUUCCUUAAAAGAGAAAAGAAAAGAAAAGAAAAAACGUCUGUGGACAGGUUACAAAUACCUGCACAGACUGAAGUCAUUUUCUUAGUCAGGGUUAGUUAUGUAUUCAGGAAUCUUUACUUAACAACUAAAGGAGAAAAGUUUUCGAGAUUAACUAAUAAGUGACAAGCCACGAUUUCGAGUUGAAGGAGUCAGGAUUCCGAGUUGAGAUUUCGAGUCGGCAUUUCGAGUAAGGAUUUCAGCAUUUUCGACAUUUCAGAAUUUUCGAUUCGAGGAAUUGCAUUUCAAUUUAGUCAGCAAAGGGUUCCAGCAAAACUCAGAAUUUCGAGUCAGCAUUUCGAGUAUGGAUUUGAUAGGAACCACAAAAGGCGGAAAAUUCGGGUGAUAGGAACCACAGGCAGCCCAAGUUCAGUGUGAGUGUUUAGUCAUCAAUACUCGUGGUAUCAUAUCGUGUAAUUCUCAAAAUGGCCGUGAAUAUAAAGGAUUUGUGUGGACACACGAUACAUUGUGUGAGACGAUGUUACAAAAGGUGACUAUCAUAAGGUUACCUGGACUACCACUGUUUGUCAGUUCAGUGUUUUAGCCUAAGAGAUCACAACUGAAAUCAGCACAUCGUGUAGCCCAGUGCCCUGUUUUUCGCCCUUUUUUGGAUGUUUGUGCAGUUGUUAGCUCAACAGUGUAAUUGUCGGCAUUUUCCUGGCCAUAACUACUGCCGCUGUCACUUUCACUGUCACUCUCAUACAAAGUCAGGUCAUUAUCAUUGUCACUUUUACUCUUAUCAUCCACUGAUGUGGUGACAGGUGCGCGACAUCAGGUAAAGUAUAGACUUCUGGGAUGUUUUUUCAACAUUCCUCAUUGAAAUGUCAGCAGUUUUUCUCACCUUGAAAAUUCUUUUUCCUCUCUUACAAAGACCGUCAUGAUCCAAGUAUUCGUCUUGUUCAGAAACGGUCACUGAUUCAGAAACAUCUCUUGUACGUCGUUCUUCACGGUCAUCCUGUCGCUGCUUUUGUUGACCGUUUUUCACGCUUUCUUGUCAAGAUAAAUGCUCAAUGUAUUUCUUCACAUACCUCUCAUCCACAAUAAACUUCUCAGAAAAUUCCUUGAUGACAUUAGUAUCAUCUUGGUGCAAGGAGGUUGAGGCACCAGCGAUUGUAUAUUAAAUCGAGUUCUUUGAGUUCAUCUACGCUAUUUAUAUAUUGGCACAAACAAAAAUUAUUGUGAGUUUGCUAAAGCAGGUUGGAUAAGGUUCUUUGUGUCAAAUACAGUCGAACCUCCCAUAUGCCGGAGCACCCAAAGUGCAAGACUGAGUGGACGCUUACGGGAGGUGUUGUUACAAGAAUCAAACCACAUGGGGGUCUCUUCCGAGAAGAGUUUCAGGCACCUUCACUUUGUGGAAGAUAAUUUAUUGCAUACAAUCUCUAAGUUAGGACAUGUGUAGUUUCAAGUUGUCAGUAAAGUUCUUCGUAUAUUCAAAGUAACAUAUAGACUACGAGUAGUCCCCCAUUUUUCCCCAGGGAUAGUAGAGCGGCGAAACGCGAGCGCGCGAGAAAAUCACCCCACGCGAGAAAAGGCGACGAGGAAAAAUGGGGGACUACUCGUAGUCUAAGUAACAUAGUGCACACAGCGAAAAUAGAGAUCAUAGAAUGCGGCAAGUGGUCGUUUACCAGAUGUCAAGAACAAUGGACAGUCAUUAACCCGUCAGGCCCGAAAAGUGGUCGCGAUCGCUUACGGGAGGUGGUCGUUUACUAGGGGUUCCAACUGUGAGGCUUUGACUGGGAAAAUUUUGGUGUUUUGGAUUGGCCUUCGCUUAUGGGAGGUGGUCGCUAACGAGAGGUGGUCGCGCAUGGAGGUUCGACUGUAGCCAUAAAAUUUUGGAAGACCCUUGUUUUAGCUGGGUUAAUAUCCCGGCCUUUAACCAAUUAAUGGAUGCUUGAAAUUGCUCUGUUAUCCCUUCCGCACGUAAAAAAAUAAUUCACAAGACAUCCAGCAGAACCUAAACGAGAUGACUCCCUUGUUUCUUUAUUGAAAAAAAUAUGCCCCCUCUUACCACUUUAAAAUACGCUUGUCCCCAGUCCUUUUUAACCCGUGGAUAUCCGAAUGGUAUCCAAAGGGUUUUUGUGAUGGGUUUCGAUAUGCAAAUGUGUCACUCGCUCACUUUGCGUUGACAGAGAUCGGCCUUUCGGCUCCAACCCGAACUCAUCGCCCGAUAUGAAACCGACAUAGUUCGUAGUUGCCGAAGGGCUCCUGAGUUGUGCAUUCACUCACGCAUCCUAGUGAGGGAGCCUUGGGAACGCUGUUGUUACGCUCACGUUCGCUGCGAAAGCAUCAACUCUCGUUGUCGAUUUCUGACUGUUCUUCAGGUCGUGUGUAUGCGCUACAAGUAUUUCGAUCAUCAGUUAAGCAUUGGGGCGAUGCAAAUUUCCCGUAACGUGACAAAGGAAGAACCUUGUCAGUAAAUCGCGCGUCUAGCGUGGUAUAGCCCGUUGUGUAUUGUCUAUACCCUAAACCUCUGCAAAGGAUCCUGCAGCGAGGAGUCGAAAUAUGGAUUGACGUUUGUUCCAAAAAGUCACCUUCAAAGGCGUUUUACGGUGAAAAACCAGCUAAUUAUGACUAGGAUGGAAGAAUUCUAAGACGGUAAGGCCUUUUCUCGACCGAAAUUUCUUUACGUGUUAAGUAUCAUGGUCGACUCGAAAAUUAGAUUGAAUACUGUUGUUUAUGAUAUUGUUGUUUCUUACUUAUAUUUCACUGAAACGUUAUUUUUAUUAGUUUGUAGAGUCUAACGUCUAAGAAGUGUCAACUUCUGCUUUAUCCUACAUGCAAUUAAAUACUCGUAUUAUAAUUAUGAAUUAUAGUUCUCGGUAAUCUUUUCGCUUAAAGUGAUUCGCAUACAAUUUCACUCAUAGUUUUCAUCAUAAAAUGUAGCACAAAAAAGUCGGUUGCUUUCGGCACAGUUCACUUUGUCUUCUUCGUUUUCUUGUUUGGUGUGUUUUUCGUUUGUGGUUGAGUUACAGCGGCGCGCAAGCUCUGAGGUCAAAGUGGGGCGAGAUAAUUUUCUAAAAAGAAAGGCCUUAGUUUCUUCUUAUCUUAUCAUUCCUAUAAGCGAUUAAAGAAUAGUUUUCCAUAUUAUACUAAAAAUACGUAUAGCUGUCAUCGUCAUUACGCUACUGAGGGUGAUAAGCACGUAGAGACGGUAAUGGUAGAAUGAGGCGUAGAGAGGGAGUUUAAACAAGGUUUAUGGGUCAUAAAAGGUACAAUGAACAGCUGUGCAAAGUCAUCUGGACAAAACAGGUACCUAUUUUCGAACGCCUUACAAAGAAUGCUCACUUUUACAUUUAGCUGAAAGUAGCUUCACUUUAUUCAGAUUCAGAAUUGACAGUUAUUUAAACGUCUGCGCGCAGAACGGGCUCCAAGUUUUUAAUAUUACAAAAUGUGGCAAGUCUUAUUACAAAGUACGUGCGACAGUUAUAACAAAAGUGCGACAGGUCUUAAUACAAGGUACGUGGAACAAGUGUGACAAGUCGUAUUAAAGUGUACGUGCGACAAGAAGUCUUAUUGCAAUGUACGACAAGUCUUACGACAAAAAAACGAACGUAAAAGUGUUAUUAUAAGUGCGACAAGUCAUUACAAAAGACGUGCGAAAAGUUUGUUAUUACAAAGCGCGGAAGUCUUUUUACAGUGAAUGACAAGUGGUAUUAGAAUUUUAUUGCGACAGGUCUUAUAACAAAGUACGUGCGCAAAGUGUUAUUACAAAGUGCGAGAAGUUUUAUUACAAAGUGUGAUGAUGAUUAGUAAAAAGUCAUUUGCUGCUAAAUAAUAAUAUCGUACAUCUCGUCCGCCCAGGCUAGGUAACGCUGUCAACAUGCACAUGCUUUUAUCCCAAAGUUUUAUAACCUUCACAAAACUGAAAAAAAAAACUUAUAAUAGAACACAGUAGACAAAAGAAUGGCCUUAUUAGCGAGGCCAAUUUUUUUUAAGAUUCUCAUGGCUGGGCCAGAAAAAGGUGUCCGUUGUCGGUAUCAACAGGUGUGCGUUUUAAGCAGGUUUAAUUAAAAAUGUAGGCACUAUACAGGCUUCACCAGGGACAAAGGAAGCCACGGAGGGGCCUUGUCAAGUGUGAGUCCAUAAAAUGGUGUUUAACUGUAACUACCAGAGUCUUUGUUCGCGGUAAUUUUGGCGGCAAAAUCCCUGCUUUUCAGCCACCCAGCGCCUGCGCUGGGGCAAUCGUUGACGACCAUGGCGGGAACGGCGAAAACCGGUGAAUGACUCGAUCAUGAUCCUGACUGGAAUUCCUCAACAAAUUCUGUCUAGACGUCCUAGUAUGGAAGUCCUGACUCGAAAUCCUAACUCGGGAUCCGACUCGAAAUCCUAACUCGAGAUCCUGACUCGAAAUCAUAACUAGAGAUCCGACUCGAGAUCCUUCCUCAAAGGAUAAGUACUGUAUCUCCUCGAAUAAUAGCCGGGGGCGAUCAUUCUUUUUUUCGCACUAAAAGAGGGCAAUUAUUCGAGAGAAGGCGAUUAUUCGAGGGGGGCGAUUAUUUCAAAUCAGACUGCUCACUGCAAGUCGUGCCUUAAAUAAUCACAUCAAAUAUACUGAAUAUGGGCUUUAUAAGUGUUCCAAAUGUGGUUCUUUUUUGAAUUUUCAAUGUAAAUAUCCUCGACGUCAGAACUUGAAUCAUCACUGAUCAGUUUUGCUGCAUCAGACUCCACUUCAUCUUUGUUUGUUAUCCAACAUAAGGUGUCAAUUUUUUACUUGACAGAGAGGGGAUAAAAGAAAGAGAAAAUGGUGAGAUGGGCUGGGGGCGAUUAUUCGAGGGAGGCGAUUAUGUUAAAUAUUUCCGUCAAAGGUGGGUGGGGGCGAUUAUUCGAGGGAGGAGAUUGAUCAAGGGGCGGCCAUUAUUCGAGGAAAUACGGUACUUCAAAGUUUUCAGUGUAGACAAUGAAAUGGAGUAGCAGUUUUUUUUUUCUGGUUUGACGGCGAGAAAGAAUUUAUUUAAAUAUGAGUUUGAGUUCAAUGACAAGCAAACCUGAAUUCGUGUACAUAAACAUUACGAACAUUGGGGUAAGUUGCAUAUAAUCUAGCGUCUAAGUUAACUGCUAACGUUUGGCGUUAAAAGACAGAAUUUGACUGGGCUGAACAUCACGCGUUAGUUGUUACGACUGACGUAAUGACUUAUGCACCUUGUCCCUGAUCCCGGUCUCCAGGGAAUUCUUUGUCCUCCCCUUUCCCGGAGAGUACAGACUAUGAUCAUCUAUCUACAUGUCCAACCAUUUACAAUAUCUCAUGUCUUCCCCGGUUUACCGGUAAGCUUUUAAUUAUCUUCAUGCUCCACUUCUUUAGUCAGUUUUCUUUGUGUUGGCCACUGAUCUCUUGAUCACACCCGCGAUAUAUAGUUCUUUUUCCUGUUCGCCAUUGUCGUUAAUGUAAUAUUCUAGUAAGAAAUCAGAUACAAGUAAUUAUCGUAGUUAUGAUAUUGCUUUAUAAUAUAUAAAUGAAUAAGGGAAUACAGUCGACUCUUUCUUAACGGACACCUCUGUAAAAUGGACACUUAGAGUUUGUCCCUGCUUUUCUUUACUCCCUUUAUUUGACUCUCUGUAAGAUGGACAUCUCUCUAAGACGGACACUUAGUGCAGGUCCCAAAGGUGUCCGUCUUAGAGAGAGUUGACUGUAAACGCAUGCCGACAUUUUUGUGGAUGUUUUUGUUGUAGCAUUACAAUUCUCACCUGGAGAGUACCAGCUCGGGAUCUCCAGACGCUGGAGCAGUCUACAGAGCACUUCCUGUUUAUAGGGUGAGUUUAAUUCUACACUGGAAUAUUUCCGGUUUGUGGGGUGGGUAAAACUGUGCGGGGGAUUUCCGGUUUAUAGGGUGGUUGAGAGCUCAAUUGAGCAGAUAGAACUUUGCACCUCCGGUUUAUAGAGUGGUCUAAACUGCGCAGAAUACCUCCUGCUAGUAUUUUAGGUAAAAAAGAGAGUGGAGCGAGCACUUCCGGGUUAAAGGGUUCAUUCAUUCAUUCAUUCAUUUUAUUUUGCCAUUAACCAGAAAUACAACAACAGUAUACAGAAAUACAUUAAAGAUAAUAUACAAUAUUCCAACUAAAUUAUUUACAAGAUCAAAUGUGGUAAAGGCAAGGAGAAGCCGGGGGCUUAUAAACUAUAGGCUUCCUGGGACUAUAGGGUAAACCAUACAAGUUAAGGGUACUAAAUGAAAAUUUGGAUUCAUUGGUUGUUAAAUUGUACAGAGAAAAGUUUGUUGAAAAUUGCAUUUAUUGUGCGGUUUAUGUAUUGUUAAUAGGGUAGGUUAGAAUCUAAUGCUCAGGGGAUGCAUGUUUCGCGUAAAGUGGCUCGUUACGGUUUCCUGAUUUAUAGGAAAGAGUCAAAGUGCUUCCGAUUUACAAUUUUGCAGGAUUGACGCUACCAUCAAGACAAAUGAAUAUCCACACUAAGUGUAUCAGCCAUAUCUUUUCACGUCUCAUGUAAAGGGCCCAGGCCUCGAUUUUCUCGUUGAUGAACCAUGGUUUUACAUAGUGUGGUUAUAUCCUGAUGUUGUUUAUAAACUGCAAAAUAAAGAAUACUUCCUUUCUUUUAGGAAUUUCCGGGCAAAGGGGGUUAGUUUUUACAUGGCUCUUCCUCUGUGUGAAGGACUUCCAUUUUCAAGUAGGUUAAACGGGCAGUUUUAGCUACUUCCGAUCUUGUUAUGUUGGAAUGGUAAAUAAAACUUUUGGGUAAAAAGCGUAUAUCUCACACAGGGUGCUAAAGGGUCAGCAUGACUCGUAAAAUCUUGAAAAGGUCUUGAAUCUUACUAGUCGUCUUGAAAAGUCCUUCUAAAUGUCUGAUCUGCAAAGGGCAGUACAGCCCAUCUUCAGCAGAUAUAAAUUGAAUUCAGUUUAGGUCCUUGAAAAGUACUUGAUUUCUUUAUUAGAUCUUGUCUACGCCAGACACCUUUUUCUGUAAAAUUAUAUUAUUUUUCCGAGGAAAAUUUGGCUCAUCCUCGGUGCAGAAAGCUGUAAAAAUCACGGGUAACGUAAAACAUUUUUGUGCAUGAACAAUAUUUUGUUUCUGUUUCUUUAUUUCAAAUGCUAUUUCUGUACCUCAGAUGCAAUUGCAAGUCAUACCCAGUCAUUUUGCAAAGUCUUUUUGCGGAAAGUGGUAUAAAACAAUGUGAUCAACGAUGGGCUAAGAAGUGAAAAUCGUGAAUGACUCCAUGACGUGUUUUAGCCAAUAGGGUGAUCAAAGGGGAUUAAAGAACGCCGAUUUAUUAAGUAAACAUUAUUAAAUAUAAUAUUUCCGUAAGAACUGUAAUUUGUCCUCAAAAAAUCCUUGAAUCAGUAGUCCUUGAAAAUUUUUUUGUCUGAAGUUGUACGAACAUGGUCAGCGUUACGGCUUGCCCUAAGCCAUUUUAACCUUUUAAGUCCCGAUAGUGACCAACAUCAAUUUUCUAACAAUAUCCAUAUGUUGCCAAGAGAAAUGAUUAUGAGAGUUAAUGAAAUGAUCACUAAAGAAAAAAUGCUUUGAUCUGUUAUUAAACUCUCUCAACUAUUUUUUUAAAGAAAUGUAUGAAGAUCAGUAUGGAGAAUUUAUAUGUGGAUAUCGGGGCUUAAAAGGUUAAUUCAGAGUCAAAGUGAGUUGUAUCACGCCAGUUGAUGGUGGUUACUGUUGACUACGAUUCGGUUUACUAAAUUCGCUAGUUGUUAAACCGUCACACGUAACACUGAUAUGUACCUCAUAUGACACGCUCUAACGACUGAGAUUGUUAGUACAUUCAAACCUCCCGCAAGAGACCACCGAAAAUGCGAUGAUUUAGUGGUCGCUUACGAGAAUCGACCCACAGGGGUCCCUUCAUAGAAGAGGUCCAAACAUAUCUACAUUUUACAAGAAAAUUCGUUGCAUGCAAUUUAUAAUUAACGGUACGUGUAGUUUCAUGUCGUCACUAACACUUCUUUCGCAGACUCUUAGUAGUGUAGUUCAUACAUCAAACAAAAAAAAUCGAACGGUGAAUCAAGCGGAUGCUUACAGAAGGAUGAAAACAAUAAAAAAUUCCAAAAUCGUCAUCCAAAAAGUGGUCGCUGUCGUUUUCGAGAGGUGGUCGUUUAUAUGAAGGUUCCAACUGUUAUGAUUUGACUGCGAAAACGUUGGUGUUUUUGAUAGGUAGUCGCUUAUGGGAGGUGGUCGCUAACAAGAGGUGGUAGCACAUGGAGGUGCGACUGUAUGCUCACCUUGCUAGUGCUUGUAUACCCUUUGAUUUACAGAUUUAGUGCAUGAGCUCGGCUGUUUUAGCGUUUAAUAUGUUUUAGGUGUGUAGAGAGCACUUUGGGGUUCGAAAGAGGGAAAACAGUCUCCGUUUGCAAAUCAGAAAGCAUCCGUGUAUAUUAUACAGCGGUGCACGUAGGUCGCGUCUUAUAUGUAAUAUAGCUAAGCCGUGUUAAUGUUUUUUUACAAUCUUCGACUUCGUGUAAUAAAAAUGUAUAAUACAAGCUCCGGUUGAUGGAAGAAGCCAAAACAACUGUACUCGGUUGGGGCCCAUGUUGACAAGCGAUGGUAUAAGGGCUGUUAUUUUUGGCGUGAAAAUCUUAGAUAGGACUGAAAUAAUUUGUGUACAUGAAACUUCCGUUGUCAGACAAACUUCAUCGAGGAUUUGCAUCUUCUUUUUCUGUUGGCGGGGUUUAAAGAGGGGGGCAGGGGCCAGGGACUGUCACGUGAGCUGGCUAAGACGGACGGACGUAUCUGCUUGAAAACCAAUUCAAGAUGGCCUUCAGCGACAGUUUUUCGUAGUGAGUUAUGUGCCAAUUUUUGCAUGAUCGACCAUAACCGUGAAAGACAUGGCAUUGGUGGCUGUAUUAUUAGGUGCAAUCAGUUCAGGCCCUGUUAACAAGUGAUUACACGAGCUUGGCUUAAAGGCAGCUACGCCACUGAGGGCUAUACGAACGAGAAACCAUCUUUUUAUGGCGGCAACAUAGACCAGUCUUCUAUGGAAGUCUUCAAACGUCUUUAUUGUCUUUAUAUCUUAGAUUGAGACUCCAGAAAGGCUUAAGACGCCAGCUAUCAACAUGCAGUCAUCAUGGUUAACAAACCAGGCUCAAAACCAGAAGGUAUCCAUUAGGAAACCUUUCCAAAUCUUCUUGUAUAGACCUAACUAGAAUUAAUAACAACAGAGGGGAAUGGUCACCUGAUAUAACUAAAGGUUAAUAGAAACAGACAGUCAGAUCUUCAAUAGACUGUUGACAUUCCCCUAUUUUUCCGAAAGAUUGUCGAGAACAGCGCUACAGGCGACCAUCUUCACCUAGUCUAGCUGGAAGAUGACUACCUAAAUCUACUUAGGGGGUGGGGGACGGUUUGAGAUGGGGCGAGAAAAUAGAGAGACCUUCUUUUUUACAAGCCUCCUUUCCCUCUCCGCUCACUAUAAAUCCCGACCCCCUCCUCCUCGGUACAUUUAAAACCAGUUACAACGAAUUGCUGCCAGUGACGGUGAGCGCUUGAUCUCGACGAUCUUUCAAAAAAAAAAGCAGACCUUGAACGGUUCAGACUUUCAAACAGUAUUGCAAGAUUACAAUAUUAGCAUUACAAUAUUAGCUCGGAAAACGCACAAUAUGAGAUCGGAAAACGCAUAAAAACACAAAGGCGAACACAUACAUUAACAUACACACUCCUGACAUAAAUAAAGGUGUUAACGACAAGAAUACUCAAAAUACGUGGGAGGAAACAACAUUUUGAGAGCAAGAAUGUAGUAAAUUUCCGGAAAGUUCAGAAAUGCACCGUCAUCUUGCACACUUCAACCUCUGACGUCGUCAGAGAGUCGAGCAGUCAAGUACUCCUGAAAAAAUCGUGAGUCUUUCUUAAACUUUUUUAACAUGAUCAUUCAACAAUUUUUUUUUAACUUCUGUUUUAAGAUAGAAGGUGAAUCAACUUUUGUUGAAAAUAAUCACCGUUCUUACAACCUGAGUGGCAUAGCGUUGUGGGAGGUCAAAGUUCAGUUAGCGUUGAAAGUGUACAUGCAUGUUUUCUUUCUGAAUAUUGUAUGUCUGUUCUGUCAAUAUAGUUCAUUUACGAGUGCUUCGGCAUAACUAUGUAUAUGAGCUAGGGCUUUUACCAAUGUUUUUACGUAGCGCUGUUAUAUUCAAACGUGUCGCCCUUCCAGGCUGGCCUGCCAAACACGUGUGUUACAUCAGUCGAAUGUCAGAAGGCAUUUGGAAUACUGGGUGGUCUGUUCUGCAAAUUAAGGAUAGGAAAAAUUAAGUAGCCCCCUAGCUUGUACAUUUAAUUUCUCUCAUUGACAGGCCCAUGGGAACAAGUCCACGUUUGCUUACCGAACAACUUCUUCGACACGGGUGAGUUGUACCGCAUUUAAUUGGGAACGAUUGACUGAUUGGUACGUACGUACCGGUGUUUUAUGCGGAGGGGCUUUUAACACUUUUUCGUGGUGCUUAAUUCCAGUAGGGGAUGGAUUGAUUUUUGGGAUGAUCAGGGGUUAACUCUAGACUUCUCGGUAAAUUAAUAAAUAUAAUCGCCUUCGAGUUUCUGUCAUGCCCCAGCCGUUGGGAUGAAUUAUCUUCCUUCUCGUCUCUUCCCUGAGACGCUUUGUGUGGUUGAUGUCUGUUUUGUCAAGUGUAAGAGUUGUUCGUUUUAUUUCUUUCUCAGGAACCCGUAGUGUCAAGAUUUCCGCACAUCGUUCAAGGGCAUAAGAGAUAGUAUCCACAACAGCUGAAAUCCCAAGCGUCCGCUUUCAAGAUUUCCUCUUCCGUUUAUUUAUUAUGCGGUCUGGCAAUGCAGUCAUUGCGUGACAACCCAAAUAACGAACUUUCCAAUGAUUGUCUGGUUUGCAGCAAGCUCCACUGAAAAGUUAACCGAGGUCCUUGGGUUUGGGGUGACAAAAUAAAGAAAUUUAUAAACAGCCUAUAUAGCUAGGUGAGUUAGUUAAGAUUAGACUAUCUGUAAAUUCAGUUGUAUCAAUAUGAUUUACGCUGAACACUUUGAUCACUUAGAAGUUAAGGGCACUAAGAUAUAUUGCAAAGCGUUUCAGAGUAAUUGGUUGUAGCAUGUUUAAAAUUAAAAACAUUAGCCUUCUGGAACCUUAAAAACUCCGUAUUAUUCUAUUCAGUUAGAAGCCAUUUCUUUAGCUCUUUCUUCAUAGAACAGUAAAACAGUUCCAGUUCCAAACUUGGUACUACUAGAUUGGUUGUGGGGGAGGGGUUGCUUAACGAGAUGAUACGUACAUUAUUUAAGUCAGUCGAUUAAUUAAAAAAAGAUGUGUUCCUAGUCCCUGAAACGUGUAUUAUCACAAAAAUGACGCUUCGUCUGAAAAAGGGAUAGACAUUUUUCCGCAGAAUGCCAAACCUUUUUAAUGAUAUCUCGCCGAGCAAGUAUCCUAGUAUUGCAAAGAACAGAUAAAUUGAAGUGGGCCAUGUUUAUCAUAAAGUUCAUGCUUCCCUUAAGUUGCUAUGUUUGCCCAAACCAGAAACAAAGAAUGAAUGUACUUUAUUCAACACAGAAGUAAAAGCUGAUCACUGAUUUACAUUGAAGUGAUGCAUCGAAAAAAAUAUGAGAUUGACAAAGUACUGCUCCGUAGCUGGCAGUCGAGUGGUUUCAGGUAAAGAUUUCUUCUACAGUUUAACAGUGGAAUCACUUUGCACAGUGUAAUCAACAGCUAAAGACAUGGCAAAACAGCUCAUGCAGUAGCUUCUCUCCUGACUGGCCACAUUUGAGUAAAUUAUCCGCCGACCUAAGCUAGAAUCAUCUUGUGCAAUCCAUGCAGCAUGAAGCUACUAGGUGAAAGUACUACUCCAUAGCUUUCAUCUGAAGGGUUACACGUUUGGGUUUCAGCCACGGAGGCACUCUGUGUACAGAAUACAAAUUGGUAACACUGGAGAGUCCUGCUCUUUAGCUUUCAGUUUUAAUAGUAACAUACUCAAGGGUUUUAUUCAGACUCAAAAGUUCGAGGCCACAUUAGAGAGCAUGGCUCAGAAGCUUUCCAUUUGAAUAUUAACACUUUAGGGUUUCAUCCACAGAACUGACUCAAACGCUAGAACCACCUUGUACAGAAUAGCAAACAGCACCGCAGGAAAGCACUACUCAGUAGCUUUCAUUUGAAUAGUUUAUCCAGAGAAUCAAAACUUGGAACUACGAGUAACAUUGUAAUAUAAGACUCUAGGGUGAACCUCAAUAAGCAAAUCUCAAUAUUACAAUGAACUGCCUUUUUAUUAUUGUUUCACUUCCAAAUCUUCCCCUGAAGAUCUAAAAUACAAAUGUUCGUAGGUAUUAACUUUAUUUGUAAAUACCUGUAUGUUAUGGCAUAGUUUGUAAAUAUUGUAUUUAUUUAUAAGAAUAAUAUAUUAAUUUUGUGAACUAUUUAUGUACGGUAUAUAAAAGGCUGCUAGCUAGCUUUAAUAAAAACUAAUGAAGUUUCUUUGAGUUAUGUGGUCUGAUUCGGCGUCAGGGUUUCUCUUACUUUUUAAGCUACCAAGGACACACUAUUAUAUGCGCUUACCCUUUCACUGCCAGGAUGUUUGAUAGAGUUUUGUAAGGCGACUCUAACUUUUGAGCCUGUGGACCUACGUCUGUGGACCAUUCAAAUGAAAGCUCUCUACCUGUACUUUCACAUGAUGCUAUUUGCUUCUCAAAAUUUUAGGAAAUUAAAUUUGGAAAUUGGUCGAAAUUUGCCUUUGGCCACAUUUGGCAGUGAAAGGAUUAAACAUGCCCCCUUUUUACCGAAUGACUGGUUUAACUCAACUUCUACGUCCAUUUUGUGAUAGUUGGCAGUUACAGUAUACAUACGCUUUUGUCUCUAUUGUUUCAACAUCAACACAAGAAAUCGCGUUCGAUAGCAUUUGCCUUUAACUCGACAUAAACUAGAAAUUUUAGUGUGAAAGUAAGUGCUGACAUCAGGUUCCUAGUAUCAUGAAAGAGCUACAAUUACAUGUAGAUGGACGGAACACUCAGUAGAAUAUCGAAGGGAAUGGAGCCUACGUGUGGAAGACCUCUUGUUUCACGAGUGUCAAAUAAAGAAAUAGAGAACGUACGAUAGCUUUCGUUCGAAAUAGUUCAUCCACAGACUUAAAAGUUGGGAAAGAAAUAUGAAGGAGGCUGCGUUACCUUUAGAGCAGUUCUUAAAUACGCUGAACAUGUCGUUCAUUCAUGUAGUUGAAUGUAAAGUACAGAGCGGGAAUCAAGGGCCUUACGUGUGGAGCACUAACCCAUUUCCCUUACUUACCAGCGUGAAAUAGAGAAGGAGAAGACGUGCACGGUAGCUUUCGUUCGAAAGUAUAGUUAUUCAUCCACAGACUGACGAGUUGAGACCAUAUAUGCGGCGUCACCUUUACAGAAAUUCUUACAUAGACGCUGAACAUAGCGUAUAAAACUACAAACCUUUCCCCCAAAGAUUAAAGUACCAAGGUUUCCUUGUAGUUCAGUAGUUCAUGUUGCUCUAUUUGAACUUGUGUUGUAUAUUGUUAAAUGACAGGUGUUGGCUUUGCAAAUACUAAAACUCGCAACACAUUUCUUUGUUAGUUAUGUGGCCUGGUCCUCUCUCUCCACUCUGCUUUCAUGGCUACCAGAAACAGCGUCAAAACCUUUUGCCCUCCGUUACGGCUACCUUCCUCGAUUUGAUGGAGAAUUCGAUUAAUGAUUGCGGCUUGAGCUUCAAUUUCAAGGUCUAAUAAUUCGAAAUACGUGGGUUAAGAUUUCUCAGUGAAUGUACGUGCUCGUGAAAAGGUUGUGGGUUGCAUUUUAUUCAUGUCUGAUGAGUAAAAAGACGGAAAUAUAGAAAUACUAACUGCAUAGUGGCAAUCGCCGUUUAGAACAGCCCCGGCCAACCAUCGGCCUUGGGCCUUAAAUAAAUUCCACUUUGACCGUCAUCACUAACAAUAUAUUGAAUACGAUUAAAAGAAACAAUGUUAAAGUUUUAUUGUGAGAAAGGUUGUAAAUGUACAAGAUAAUUUGCUAACGUGUAGCGCAAGAGUUACAACCAACAAAUUGCACUAGUGCUAAAUUACUUCAAGCCCAGGUGACUGCUUUGCUUAAUUACAUGGCCCUAAAUUAUCAACAAACGAUUAUUUUCAUUCUUCACCAGGGUAUGUAAAGUUUUUAUACGUUUCCUUCAAGUAUUCGGGUUCGAGUUCAUGGGCUCAGUUGUUUUUAAUCCCCUACUCCUUUUCUGAAUUGUGACUUUUUCUCGAUUUCAAUACAUCCAUCAAUCUCACAACAGGAAUUUCACGGUCGUAGAUGGAGGUAGUAGAGGCAGAGAAGCUUAGAAUUAUUUCAAUAAAUUGUGAAAAAUUGACCCACUUUUGGAACGCACAAAUCCUGCACUAACAGCGGAAGGUCCCUAAAUUAGCGUCCACUUUUCAUGACUGAUCAUGGCGAAGCGUUGGAAAUGACGAAACCCGUUGGGUUUGGGUUCACCGGAAUUACAUAAAGAGGCAUUUCAUUUACAAUCUGCAUCCAUCGAGAGUGUUCCAUGUAAACAGGUAAAGGGGAAAAAUAAAGCUGUUAUGUAAUAAUGAAGAGUUUAUCUUUUUUAUAAAAUAUGUAGAAAGUAAUUGCGUGUAACAAUAACACGUGUUAAGUCACGUGCAGCGAUGUACCUGUACUUCGCGUGAGUCGUGUUUUGGUGAGUUGUGACUUGAAGGAAGCACCCGUGAUUAGUCCAAGCAUGGCUUAUUUCCCAUAGGACAACCAAUCACCAUACUCACUAUUGUUUUCGUCCGUGAGAUGACCUACGAGUGCUUCAGUCCAGUGAAAGGUAAAAGCUUAUACCUAAAGGCCAUAAACACGUGUAAACGUGAAACUUCGGCCAUAACUUCGCUUGUCCUUUGGCGAACCGGCUCAUUUCUCAGAGGCAGUCUGUUAAUUUACGUUACACACUCGCUUAUCGUUAACUGUUCCUUCGUCUUGUUCGCCAGUAAGACGAGUUUGGCAUUGGAGAUUGUUUAUUUGUAUCUGACGUUGGCAGGCUUGGAAUGAACUAUGACCGGUAAGGAGAAAGAAUUUUAGAAUUUUAAUAUGUUAGCUUUUCUAGUAUUGUUCCAUCUCAGUACCGUCAAAUCCUCUUUGUAACUUCGCUGCUACGAUGUGAUACUAUUUCCUUUGAUUCUUGCAAGACUAUGUCGAUGUACUUUAACUACAAGACUAAACAUCAAUUUAAGGUACUUAAAGUUUCAAAAUGAAUGUCCGCUUUUAUCUCAUGAAUGAACCUUAUGGAACAAAGUCUCAAAAGACCUUAAGAAAGCAUUGCCGACUGCAUAUAACACUGAAUUAGCCUUCAAUGUUUUGUUAAUCGCUUCAGAGUUAAAGCCGCCAACAUUCUAUAGAAGUAGCGAAGGGCUACCAAACACAACUGUAAAACCAAUAUGGGGCGACUGCCUAGUUUGUGGGGACCGCGGAACAGGGAAACAUUAUGGUAUCGUGGCCUGUGAGGGAUGCAAAGGAUUCUUCAAAAGGAGCGUAAGGAAAAAUCUGCACUAUCGAUGUCAAGGAAAUGGUGCCUGCCCGAUCGACAAGGUACAAAGAAACAGAUGCCAGAGAUGUCGAUUGAAUAAAUGCUUGACGAUGGGCAUGAAAAAGGAAGGUAACUAGACACUACUCCUAUUGAAGAAUGUAUACCGUUGUUGUUCCGUCCGUAGCAGGAUCAAAAGCGAAUGGCUUCCGUCACAGGUAAUCACGGACCGAUCAAGCUAUUAUGCGUUGAUCCUACCCUAUCGACGGCGCUAGACGCGUAUAUUUUCCCCUGGUUGUGCUUAAAAAACAAACUGACAGACCGUUCCAAUCCUUGCUAGGCCGACAUAUCCGUUCCCUCCUGACAAAUGGGUUAACAGCGAAAAAUGUUAAGACCAGAAUCAACGUGUUUUUAACGGUAUGUUCGUUUGGUAAGCCAGUUAAUUUUCCAUCAACGACUUCUCGGUCACAGUUGGCAGAAAAGUAAAAUAUUUAAGAGAACUUAUGUUUAAAACAGCCAAAAAAGAAAGUUUAAGUGUACUUCGAAAUUUAACUUAAAAGAAAACUUGCUUUCUUUUGUUUUUGUUUUUAAAAACAAAUCAGCCUUGCUUUUUAGUAAGGUAGAUCCAUUUUAAGGCGUUGCUUUUUUGAAUAGGAGUUACGCGCGCGCAAGUGAAAGCUAAUUCUUACUCCAACUGCACACUGCUUAUUUCUUGAAAAGUAUGUUUGUUUGAUUUUUGUGCAUUUGCUUGGAAAUCUGCGAGGGCGCUUUUUUAAAAGAAAUCAGAAAACUUGUUUGGAGUUUUACUUAGAAAUCAAGACACCACAUGUUUAUCUCAGUGUAAUCACUAUACGUCAUUGCGUCGAUGUUUUUAUCGGAGCGGCUGUAUUGCACGGUUCAGUGGAUUAAUAAGAACUGAGAAAUACAUUUACUUUGUUAUACACAUACACAAGGCUUGCAAUUGAGUGAUUUCUGUCAGUGGUUGUGAAUUGAUUUAUAUAUUAAUGCUUGAAGGCGCAAUCUGGCGUUUAUGUAAUUAUGGCCGUUUGAUUCUUCAAUGCGUAGUCAAAGCUCUGUUAAAAAAGAAUUAUUGCACAAAGACCCACGUCGUGGAAGAACAUUUUUCCGCUUAAAUGGUAGUUUGCUUUGUCGUCCAGCAAUAAAUGCAUAGCCAAGAACUGAAAAAGAAAAGUUACAUGAUAUUGAUAGCUUGUGUAGAUUUUGGACUGAUUUUAUUGGAGUCGUUUGGCUGGCAAGAGGUCUAAUUAAACCUUAAGGGCGUUCAACCAAGAAAGUGUUUGGUAGCUUGUUUGGCUCGGUGGAACCGUGGAGAAAGUACUGAGCCUUUCUUGCAACAGCGUCGCUACAUUUUUACUCAAGAGAUUUGGUUAAGGAAAAAAUCGUAGUAUCAGUAUCCUGGUUGCUUUGAUAUAAAAAAAAAAUUUACUAGUAAGUCAAACCACGUCUCAAAAACUGGCGAUACGUACAUGACAAAGUCAGUCUGAUUAAACUGAACUGACUGGACUUAGCAAGGGGAGUGCGCGAAAAACUAGUGUGAGGUCACGUUGACUUGAUGCCGGAUCCUAAAACGUGAAGGUGUUGAAGAAGCACAAGAGACUUCUGUUUUUGUUUUGGCUGGGCUGAUUUCCUAGUGGAUGCAUCAGAAAUUUAAGGCGAUGCAGGCAGGCGACGUUAGUACCCAUUAAGCGUUAAAUUUUCAGGUUUACUUUCCGUUAAAGCAAAUAGAAAUGUGACUGUUUAGCCCGUGAAUGAAUAAAGACAGUUACUGAAAACUUCUGAGGCUAUCACUUUUGUUUCAUCACUUUGCCUGUGCCGCUCGGUUUGCUUGCUCAAACAUCUAGGCGAAUAGAGGCUCGAAACUGUUGAGUUUGUUGUUAAGACUUUCAAGUGAAAAUGUUUCAAUGCUAACCGGAGCUAAAAUUUCAGCUGCUGUUGUUGUUGUUUGGCUGCCUAUGCUGUACAGCCCGCAGCCUGUUUCGUUAACUUGUAGCUUGUGGAUGAAAAGUUCCUUUACGGUGAUUAACCAUCAAAAUAAAAGCUACCGGGCCUUACCGCGCCACACUUAACAGUUGUGUUAUGAUAUAAAGUCAGCUCUCUCCAAGAUGGACACCUUAGGGACCAGCACCAAGGGUCCGUCUUAAGAUGGAGAUGACCGUCUUGUAGAGAGUCAAAUAAAAGGAGAAGGAAGGGACCAACUCUAGGUGUCUGUUUUGCCAAGGUGUCCGUUAAGAUUGAGUCGAUUGUAUCCAUACCCCAGCUGACGCUGAUAAAAAGAUGCCAGUAUGUCUUAUCUAGACACUUGGAAUAACCAAUCUACUUGAGUUUCAUCUCUCUUUGUAUUCGUGUUCCCAAUAAUGAACAAAUGAACGCACCUUUUUGGAUUUCUUGCUUAUUCAUAGUAAUAACCGAUAUGAAAUUCACGGAAAUGUAAAAAAACAAAAAUGGCAGUUUUCCAGUGAGAGAAAUCCAGCCUCUUUCAUUUUAAAGACAUGGCUCGAUGGAUUGAUUUGUUGCCGCUGAGUACCGAUUUUCAAAUCGGUGCAGUAUUUUUGACAAGGCUGUGAAUUCCACAGGUCUUGAUAACACAGAAACGGACCCACAGUUUGCGACUCUAAACACGUGUGGAGGAAAAGGCGCUGUGAGGGUUGGGCAGACAACUUGCUCCUUGCGUUAGGAAGUUUUUUCCCUGAGCGAUAGGAAAAACCUAGCUGUAGAAAAAUCUAUAGAAGCUGCCUUGCGUUUGGGAGAUCGUUCCACUGGAAACAGAAGCAGACAAGGGAUCUCGGGCGUUAAGCUACUAAAAGAACGGCUUAGCGUUACGAUGCCAAUAACUUCUGAUUACCGACAAUAUUCAGGACCUGUUUGGUUUCUUAAGAUUAAAGUGGAACCUCGAUGUAACGAAACUCUAAUAUAGCUGAGUAACGAAUUCCUUGGUAUAACAAGUGAUUUUCUUUACCACUGUAUAGUAAAAAAGAACCUCGAUGCAACGAAACCUCCUUAAUAAAGAACAAAUUUUGUUAGCUCUUGGCCGUUCGUUGAGACCAAUUUGCACGGCACAACAACUUUGUCGCAUACGAUGAGCUCACCCGAGGAACAAGUUGCAUUUUGAAUAACAAACCUACUACAUUCUUAUGUUUGUCGUAGGUUUGAUCAUGAUUUACACGACACUUCUCGUUUCGUAGGCUUAUACUGAGAAAGGCACAUCAACAAGCCACAAAGUUGUACAAUGUAAAUCGUCCUUCAUAUCGAGGUUGAUCUACUUUACGUAGUGGCCAUGCAGCCUAGAGACUCGGUGGACAGUAGAAUUUGUCUUCAACAAUGCGGGAUGCAAAUGUCGGACAGCAAACUCGAGUCACAGUGAAUCUAUCCAAAAGCAACGAGAGACUAUCAGGCGAAAGAGGGACUUAGUUUGCCAGCUUCCAAGUGCGCGGCUUUACAUAUCAUGAUAAAACGAAGGAGAAAGUGUCAGCUGACUGCCGCCCUCUAAAAUUCCUACAGUUGCUUAGAUUAAACUUUUUAGCUUACAGACUCUUGCAGACUGACUUGUAGAGUAGAUUCAUGAAUCAUGACUUCGUGCACUAAGUCUUCGAAUGAUUUCAUGUGGCAAGCGACGAGAGAGUACGAUUAAUUUCGAUUUUAUCUUAUACACCGGACUAAACAAAAAAAACAAAAAACAAAAAACUGUAUGCAUUUAAUACACAACCUAUUUUUAACUUGAGAUCUUGUUGUAAAUUAGUUUUUUAAUACACUUUUUUACGUUUUCUUCUACAUGCCAGGUCACUUUAAAUAGUCUUUAUUAAAAACCACGCUUAUAAAACGUGAUUACCGGACCAAUACGUUCUAAAAUCGUUAUUGAACAAAUACUUGUACAGUUUCGUUCAUGUCGCGUGUAUAGUCACGAUCAUCUUCAAUGAAACACGUUUUUUGUGGUAUUCGCUUUAAUUUUAAGGUUCAAAGUCAACCAGGAAGUCAUGAUUUUGUAAGUGCCUUGUUCGGGUGACCUUUAUACCCGAAAACAACAACUUAAGGUUCAUGCAUUAUUAAAUAUGUUGCGGCUGUGUUUCACGUGCAACUUCUCUGUUUAUCUUCUGUCUUGUAUAGAAAACAUGACUGAAAGCCACAGAUUUGACUCGAGGAAAACUCGUACUUUGUUAAAACAGGUUUAAUUAUUCAACGGCUAAAACUGCCCAACAAACGUUCUCCAGAAUCAAUGGUUAAGUAGAUUAUAAAUUCGUUUGAAAACGAAAUUUGCAAUGUCAUGAAUGCCGGGAUACACUUUAACCUUAAUUUGCACACACGUGAUAGAGGUGACUGACCAUGUGCUUGCGUGAUAAUGACCACGCCAUGUUUUUAAUUUUAUUCCACUGAGAUACUGCGACCAAUGUCAACAUUUAGUCAAGUCUAAAUACCGGUAUUAACUUUCAAACAGCCCCGUUUAUUAGCUCUGAUCUCUCAGGCUACGAACCAGCCAGGUAAAUUUUAGGCUGGCGUUUUAUACAAAAGCGUCAAAAGCGUGUUUCAGACAAAUCUUUAAGGAAUAUUCAAUUUUGUUUUGCCGGUGUGUUACGUAAAACAGUUGUGUAAUCAAAAUAAACAUGGUGACUGGGAAAUGCAAGGUUUCAUGAUUCGAUCUCCCGAUCUCGUGGCACGAGACUCCAUUCCCCUCUAGCCUGAAGCAUAGUGCUAUUUAAUUCCCGACAAACACAAGCAUCGACCGAGUCGAUGGCUCAAUUUCCCCUUUUCUUCCGCCUGCGUUUAUUUACUGAUCAGAAUUUUUUGUCAGCAUUAGGAACCUUUUUCCGUUGCGUUUUAUCGCGUGAUUGUGCCAUCAAUGAUACAGGGAUUGCAUAACAUUGGUUGUGUAACAGGCACUGUUCUUUUAUGUAUCAUGCAUACCGAGUUUAUUUUAGUGCAUUUAUUUUGUUUUGUAGGAAUUCGUUUAAAUAUUCCGUCCCCGAUCCUCCAGCAGAGACAUUUUAACUUUUACAAUUUUCCUUUUAUAGUGACAUUUUGAGGGCUAUAAGUUAGAAAACCGAAAGGUUAUUUAAUUUUGCUAGAUAAAACAAACAUUAUUCUUUUACAAAAGAGCUCCAAAUCACCGAACAUUAAUUUUGGGGUAAUAAAAAAGCUUCGAGCUAUCGGUAACGAGAAAUGAAGCCUUAUUUUAAGGACAUAUUUGACUGGUGUUCAAACCGACGUUAUUUAUUACGAUUGUUAUGGAGAACAAGUAGAACGCUACAACAUUUUUUCAACAACAACAAUAAAAAACAGUGUUUAUGCCAUCAAUGCAAUUAAGCACCUCUAUUUAAGAACUAAGGCAGCGCUGAUGAACAGUUUUUUAGUAAUAGCCGGCCCUGGCCUGCGUUUCUCAAAACUCUCGAAACGUUUUUUGUAAGUACUCAAGUUCAUUAGCAGAAAUAGGAUUUUUAAGAGAAUGUCACCUAAAAAGUAAAAACCGAGAAGUAUGCUGCCGCCUACUUUGCACAAGAACUUCCAAAGUUCGUUUAAAAAAUGGAUUAAAAAAAGUCUUUCGGGCCCGACAACUUCUUGGGAGUUUUCAAUACACGGCGGGCGUAGCUAGAAGUUAUUUCAUUCCAGAGGUACGCACAGUUCAAAUCAACCUUACUCUUAGAUGGAUUCCGUUUUUUCAGUAUGGUACGGUAACCAUCGCUCUUGGUCUAAGAGCCAUGCUCUUUAGGCAGGAGUUAACGGGCUUUCGCAUGCAUGUGCGCCCUUGGAACCCCCCUAGGGCUUCGCAGCCAAUGGAUGUUAAACUGAGAAUGUUUUUAACCAUUACAAUUUGACAAAUGCAAAUCCGGUUCGAGUAAAUGAGGGUCUAAUUUUAGCGAAAAUGACCAGAGGGUUAAAGAAGUCACUUCAAGUCAGUAAGGAACUCACUGCCACUGCAGUCACACGUCUAAGCGGAUUUUUUUUUUUUUUUUCAUACAACUUAGUGACUAGUGAGUGGAAACAUCGGCAAAGAUUUAUCAACUUUUUAGUUAACGUAACUGUCGUUGAACAUUUCUUCUGAAAAUAUUGAUUUUCUUUCCUGCUAAAACACGCUUCGCUCCCAAAUUAUGCUAGCAAAUUGCGCCGACAAGAACAACAUUUUCGGUUUUUAAACAUUGAUAGUCUUGAAUUUUCAAAGCUUUUAGUAAAUUAACAGCGUAUUGGCAAUGUCUCAGUUACUUUCAACAUUGAAAGUAGCAAAUUUAGCGUAGCUUAGACGUUUUGUCAGCUUUUGCAAAUUUCUCUCCUUGACCGAGUUGAAAUUGAGAAGCUCCCUGGGUUUUGAGUUGAUCUGGGGUCCGUUUCUCGAAAGUCCCGAUAAUUAACGGGCCCGGCAUACUGUGUCCGUUUACAUUUAAGAUCGAGAUUUCAAUAGUUUUGCAUGUAACAUGAUAACAGUAUCAGUUAAUGAAUCAAAAUGGAGUAGUUUGCCUGCCAGGACCCGCACUCUUAUUCUUUCUUUUUCGAUUUGAAUAUUUGAUUUCGGGCCCCUGAUGCGCAAAGGGUUGAUAGUUGAUACUAUAUAGUAACUGAAAUCACAGCAAAUUUAGUAAGAUAAAGCAAGAAGCCCGCUCUAUUGGUUUUUGUUACCACUAAAUAUUCUAACAGGAUAAAUUUUUCUGCUCUUUUCCUAGCCGUGCAGUGUGAAAGAAAGCCCAUCACUAAAUGCCUGGAAAACAGCCAGAAUGAAAACGGCUUUCCAGGGCUAAGCCGGUCUCCUGAAAACCAUCCUGUUUUCCCUAACUGUCAGGAAAAGAUAGAUUAUGAACCUCUUUCGCCCAGCAGCAGUACAGCGUCUUUUUCUUCGCCGAUAGCCACAUCUCCAAGAUCGCCUUCUGCAAUCCACGCUACAGAAGCGCAUCUUAGCAUUAUAAGCCCAGAAAACCUCCAGUUCAAAUUGAACCCUCCAACCUUGGGAUUGUCCUCUCUAUCAAUGGACUACAUUUACGAAAUCGCAACCCGCCUCCUGUUUCUUACAGUUGAUUGGACGAGAAACAUUCAGGCCUUCCGAAGUUUGGACAGCGCAGACCAACUUGUUUUGCUACAAAGUUCAUGGUCUGAUCUUUUCAUGUUAGGCGUCUCACAAUGUUCCAGUUCGUUUCCUCUGUCACCAUUGUUGACACUUGCUGCCGUUCACAUGGAGCGAUCAGAGUGCGAUGAGGAACAUAAACCCUUGUUCACCAAAGAUCAGAAGGUUCUUGAAAAAGUAUUAAGUGUAAAGGAACUGCUACUGAGUCUGGAAAAACUUGAACUGGAUUUGGUGGAGUAUGCAUUCUUCAAGACGAUUAUUCUUUUCAAUCCAGGUAAAUCAGGUUUUCAUUUUCAAUGGUGUCUGAACAUCUUCUACAUAGUCCAUUUUUUUUUUUUUUGCAAUCUCGAAUGUUGAUAAUGUUCGCUUAUGAUGUAUAUCCUUAUUAUGACAGACAGCAGACAGUGAUGAUGGAGACAAUAAUGAUGACGAUAAUGAUGAUUUUGACGAUUUUCAUGAUUUUUAUGUUGCGUUCAUGGUGAUGUUGAAAUUGCUGAGGGCCUAUGUUGAUGAUGAUGUUGGUGGUGGUGGUGGUGUCAGUGAUAACGAUAAUGAUGAUGAUUUUGACGAUAUUCAUGUUGUUAAUGUUACGUUCAUGGUGAUGUUGAUAUGUUGAAAGCCAUGUUGAUGAUGGUGGUGGUGGCAGUCAUAAUGAUGAUGAUUUUGAAGAUGUUCAUGAUGUAUUCGUUCAUUGUGACGUUCAUGGUUACGAUUAUAUUGUUGAAGUUGAUUUUGAUGAUGAUUAUGAUAAUGGUGGUGGUGGUGGUGGUGGAGGCGAUGAUGACGACGAUGAUGAUUUUGACUAUAUUGUUAAUGUUUAAGUUACGUUCAUAGUGAUGAAGAUAUUGUUGAGGCUGACUGGGUAAAGAUGAUAAUGAUUAUAAUAAUGAUGAUAACGAUGGAGGUGGUGGCGGUGAUGCUAGUGUGACGACGAUGAUGUUGAGAGCUAUCAACAAGUGUAACUGGCUUCAGCUGGAAAUAGUUCGCCGACGUUUUAUGGUUGAGUGUAAACUGAAAACUUCUUAAGUUCACUGUUGCAGCUGCAGCUCUAGGAGUAAUGAGCUUUUCAAAUUAUUAAAAAUAGACUGAAUUAACAGUCAUUGUUAUUCCGUGGAAAUCGUUACAUCCCGUCACCGCGAAGACCAAGCAUACAACUGCUUAAGUUGGAAUUAUCACCACGGAAAAGCACUAAUCUGAUCGUUUAUUUAUUUAUUUAUUUAUUUUUUAAUUGUUAGACCAGUCUGACAAAUUGAUUAAGUUGCGUAUUUAACUGUGAUGACCUUCUCUGCAUAUAUUUCUUCAUCCCGCAUUUCAAGGAUAUGAAAUUCAUAUAUUCACCAUUCAUCUUAAUUUUUCCCGGGUAUGUUACGAGUCAAUUUAAUAACCUGCUCCAAGUUGGCUUGAUAGCUCAAUCGAUUAGAGCGCGGCACCGGUAUCGCAGAGGUCAGGAAUCGAAUCUCGUCAAGCUUAACCUUUUUCAGGCCUUCUUUUCGCUACUACAUAAGUUGCGUAUUUAACUGUCAAGAUUUUCUGCGGCAUUUAUUUCUUCAUACCGCAGUCCAAAUGUAUGGAAUUCACAACUUUAUCAAUCAAAACUUAUAUUUAGUUAAUAUAUAGUCUUACCCCUUAACAGCCUACACAGAACAGAUUUCGGAGAAAUAAUUCUACAUUAUUCACGUUGUUGUCAUUAUAUAAUAUCGAUUUUUCAAUUUUUUUUUGUUAUUUUCGCAGACUGUUCAAGCUUGAAAAAUCCCAAACAAGUUGAGAGGCUGCAGGAAAAAGCUCACUGCUCUCUCAAGCAGUAUGUGGAAAACAAAUAUCCCAAUAACCCUGAACGAUUUGCAAAGAUACUACUUCGACUACCCGCUACGCGCAUGCUCACGAAACAAGCAGCAGAGGAGCUUUUCUUCUUCCCACUCAUUGGAACCGUCAGGAUUGACAGUAUAAUGAAUAGUAUUAUUUCUAGUUCGUUGGCAAUGUAAGUAAUAAAAAUCGAUGUAUUGUGUGUUUUCACAUGACGUCGUGGCGGCCAUAUUUGUGUCCCAAAACAAUGAAACGGCGGCCAUGUUUGUGUCCCAAACCAGUCUUGUGGGAGUUGAACUCUUUUCUUAUGUAAACGCUCUCAUUUGUUCCAGUAAAUUUGCAUAGAUGCUGGCCACGUGAGUGAAAACACAGAAUUUGUUACGUGAAGGUCCACGGAUUUUUCCAAAUGCCUUCUAGGCCGGGUUUAUAAGGAAAAACGUUUUCGAGGGUCAUCACAGCCCAAGUUGACGCCUUUGCUCGAGCCAAGAGCUAACAACAGCGCUCGCUCAUGCUCCAAUUUUCUCGCCUUGAUCGUGUUGAGCUGACUGGACGAGCCAAAAUUGCAAAAGUGUUAAUAUGUAGAAAAGUUGGCACGGCUAGGAGGGUGCCCGGUUAGGGGGGUGACCCGGCUAGGAGGUUGACCCGCCUAGGGGGGUGACCAGGCUAGGAGGGUAUUCCGGCUAGAAGGGUGACCCGGCUAGGAGGGUGACCUGGCUAGUAGGGUGACCCGGCUUGGGGGGUGACCCGGCUAGGUGGCGAACCCUUCUAUCUAGGUUAACUUCUUUCCAUAUAAACACUUUCGUUCGCCUUGUUUGCCGGCGUUCUCUUUCAACAGAUCGUAUUUGCAAUUUUCCUGAGCAAUUAGUAAAUAAGUUAAUUAACUGAUGCUGUGUAAACAUAGACUUAUAGAAUCGAAGGUUCACUAGUAUGCCAGUUGGUUCCCACUAAAGUAGUUAGACUGCUCUGCGAGCUCUGCUUUUCUAAGAUUCAAAUAGUCAAAUCGGCGCUACGCACCUCGUUGAGUAGGUAAAAUACAGUCUUCUGUUAUUGCACCUCAGAUAUGGAAAUUUUCAAGCACCUCAUGAAAACUCAGGUCAAGUAUAUUUGUCAAUUUUUUGCGACUUCUAAAGAAACCAUGUUUGUUUUCUAAUGAGAAAUAGCUCACGGCAACACAAGGGGGGCGUAAGGGGGGUACGAAUACUGUCAAGCCAAACCGGGCAGAAAUACGUCUUAACACCGCACGGAAUAACUCAAGAAAACCGCCAACCGCAUUGAAAUUACCCGAAAUUUUCUAAAUACCGCAAACCCCUUGGUAUUGUAAAACAGCAAUACCGCAACUUAAAAUCAAAAUUUCCCCAAACAUCAACGCAAACCCUUGCGCCCCCCUCCAACAUCAUGGGUCUGAAGUAAAAGGUGAUCGACGAGUAGAAAAGGUUUUAGGCAAUUAUUAUGAUAAUCUGAAUAUACGGUAUAUUCCUUCAAAAGGAGUAGCUACAGGGAUACGACUGUUUUUGUGCUUAAUGACCGAUCAUUAUGUAUUAAACUGAACAUAUUGCAGUAAAUCCGAAUGAAUUCAAUUAAAUUUCCGAUGACAAUAUUAACAUUGUAAAUAGGUUUUAUUAGUGUAAAUAGCUACAGAAAAAGUGUAUGUUACAGUAGUAAUAAUUAAAAAAGUCUCAUCGAUCAGUUCAAAAGACUACUAUUUGUGGUCAGGCGGGGUUGCUCGAUUUUUCCCGGUCC